GGAGAAUUGGACCAAGGACCCCAGUAUAACUAAAAUCAUUGUAGCAGUCCUGUUCUGGAGUAAUCGAUGUAAAAAAAGGGGACUCCUGGAUAGAAAUCUGACAGAAAAUACACUGCAGAAGUUCACUUUCUCCAGAAGAUGGCAGUAGUGCAGCACUGUGAGGACUCCAAUUUCAGUAAGUGUAACAAAAGUAAGUUAAACUGUGCUUGUAAUUGUUGAUUUUACAGGUCACUGCAUGAAAAAGCCACAAUAUUGAAGUCUUAGUGCUAGUCACAAAAAUGUUGAUAUUAAAGAUGAUCCCAGAAUUACAAACAGUUGGGCAUGGGUACAAAUGUGGGGCAAAAACUGCAACACAGAGGAAAGAGAAGGAUGUCAGCUUCAAUAAAGAGGAAUAAGUGAUCCAAAUUGAGAAAAAAAAAAUAAUAUUUACAACUACACUAGUUUCAGUUUGGUAUGGAAAGAAAAAGCACACAAUGUGGCCUGUAAAGGACAAAUAAUAUACAUGUUAAAAACAAUAAUUGGUGUACAUUGUGCAGGAAAUGCUUCUUAAUGUUCUACCAGGUCUUGGCACUAGAGGGAGAUAUGCUGUCACAUAAGAGACGGUAUGUUUUACAAUAGAUGAAGAGUUUACACAUACUGUACAUGACACAUAGCUUUACCUUGCACCAAGACUAAGUUUGAUUACUGAUGGAGAUGCAUUUUUCAAAUCAAAAUCUUUUGAUAGAAAGUCUCAGGGCUCAUAAUGGUGCUGAUAAACUUCUCCAGCACAGAAAAGUGUCAAAUGAAAGACCAGAGAUAUGUUUAAAAAUACAGCAGCUUUACUCCUUUCAUUCCUCCAAUCAUCAUUUCCUGCUUCCUUGACUUCUUCUCCUCCUCCUCCUUUAUUGUCAACCCAAGUCUUUCAUAUAAACCUGUACAGCCCACGUCGGUGUUUGUACAGUGCGGUGAUUAUGUUCAGUCUUUUGUAUUCUCAAGUGCUCAAUGAGUUGUGUCUCCCAACACUACAGAAAAAGAAAAGGUAUUGAGCAACAGAUGGUUCCCCUCCUGAGAUCACAUCGUCCCACUUGAGGAACAAUACUGAUAUGAUUAAUGAGAGCACACGCACACAAACAGCGCUGACACUGCAAGUGAUAAAUAUGUGGCUCACCUAUUAUGAUGCUGCAUUGUUUUAUACACUCCCACUGGAACUGAUGCACAAAUACAGUACACACACACACACACACACACACACACACACACACACACACACACACACACACACACACACUUGUUUGUGUCUUUUAAGAUCACUCCCCCCUGCAGAUGCUACUUGAUCAUAAACAGCCAUCAGACUGUUUGAGGAGGUGACAAAUGCAGUGGAGAAGCCCCCACUGUCCUUCAUGUUUUGGAUGUUUCCCUGCUCCAACGCACCUGAUUCAAAUGAUCAGCUCGUUAUUAAGCCAUUACAGAGCUUGAUAACGAGCUGAUCAUUUGAAUCAGGUGUGUUGGAGCAGGGAAACAUUCAAAACAUGCAGGACAGUGGACCUCGAGGACUGGACUUGAGAACCACUGUCUUAAGCAAACAAAAGUCUCAAUUAAUAUUGUUAAUUGUAAGGACCAAGAAUAUUUGAUUUAAAAGUAAUUAAAUUGGUUGUUUUUUUUUUGAUUAGUAGAUUCAGACACACCUGUCUAGAGGAUGUAAUGGGUGGAGUUGCAAUCUCUUUAGGAAAGCUGGCACAGGUGCGCUGGUCAGGCUUUUGUUUGGUUCAGACUGAGAUGAGCAGCACGAAAAUGUUUUUUUUUACUGUGAAACAGGAGCUCUUUUUGAAUUUUGUACAAGUUGUGAGCUGUAUGGAAUCAGCAAUCAGCCAAAUAAACAGAAAAACCAGACCUGUGAGUAAUGGAGUCUUUUAUGAAUGAAGUUAGACACGCGUCAGUACAAUUGUGGGGCUCAUCUCAUCCAAGUGGCUUUAAAGACUGUUAGAGAGGAAUCUGCCACUACAUGCAAUGAACGAGGCCUGUUCAGAAAAUGUACAGGACAUGGUCAAUUCUGCAACAGUCAGUAUGUCUACAUGUUGAGCGACAGUCAUAGCUCAGUUAGGUGAUAUACAGUAGAUGUUUUAACUCCAGUUUGAGUUCAUAAUCCGUUUGAGUCCACAAUUUUCACAGCUUUUUGUCAUAACAUUAAAAGACUGACUUAAUAAAUGAUGGAAAGAGUCAGAGCAUAAAACCUGACAGUAAUAGUCUUCUGGGAUUAACAGGAAAAUUUCUAACAGGUCUGCUGAUCCUCAGUGUCUGCUGCUCACAGCCUGUGUUAGUAAUUCUUUACUGGAUCUGUCAUGGUUACACGUUACGCCGCAGUAAAUCCUGCUCCAUAUGAAAUAUCUGCUGUCCUCUUUGUAGUCUGUUUCUCCCUAAAAUGAUAAAAAUAAAGUUCUUUGUUCAAGAGGAACACAAACUGCAGACACACCCAGACUUAUGCUCAAGCUUUUAGAAGAAAGAGAUGUCGCUAUGGGAUCAGGAGGAGGUGACCUUUGACCUCUAACCUCCCAGUGGUGGAAUAACCUUUGAACUGUUUUAGGAGGGAAAUGCAGAGAGCUGCAGAUGUGCCAGCAGAGCUCCAUUCUGCUGUCCACCAUCUGAACACGAAAGAGUGUGUGUGUGUUUGUGUGUGUAUUAGCCUCCUCUUCAUUAAUACAGUUAGAUUUGUCAGAUCUGGGACAAAACAGAACAAUAGAGCUGAAGCAUCAACAACACACAGGCUUUUGUAUAUUUUACUGAGUCUGUUUCUGUUUCCUGCCCCAUUUCUCUCCAAUUUAACCGGCAAAUGUCUGGCGGUAAUUCUGCUCCUCUUUUACAGCUGCAGGAGUUGACUAUUAAAAAUUAAAAUGGCAAUGGGACACAAAUUAUUGUUUUAAAUUAUUUUUCUUUAAAUCUGUUAGAGUUUAGAUCAGGCAGAAAUCUGAUGGUUACCUAUCUAAUAGUUCGCUGCUUUUUAUUUUCUAACACCUUAUGUCCUGUGAAAUUCAAAUACCAGCCUUUGUCUGCUCUAAAAUUUAAUAGUAUUUUGCUUUUUAAAAAGUUUGAGAUGAAAAUGGAGGAAAGGCCGUAGUGAGCUUAAAAAGUGUCUCCUAAAGAGCUUCCAAAGUGCUGAUGUGAAAAGGAAAGACCAAGAGUGUUGUCAUCAUCUCACUGCAGAUUGUGAUAUUGUGUUACAGCAAGAAGGACCAUAACUCUGAAGAGUUAGUAUCUAUCCAUUGUGUGUUUGUGUCUGUUUUGUGUAUUUGUGUUGCUAGACAAUCAAACACCCCCUCAGUCUCCCACGGUCACCAUGGGAACUGUGGACAGGAAGGGCAGAUUUAAACUUUAAUUAGAAAUGGUAUUGACCUCUGUGUGUGUGUGUCCGUCUCUUUGAACCUCCGUAACUUUAUCACUCAGCUGAUUUAGUGGAACUAUUUUCUCUGGCAAGGCGUAUGGAUACAUUUGUCAGCAUUCACUUGAGGCAGUUCCAAAGAGAAAAUGAUUCACCUCCAAUUUACCUGUUUGAAAACUGCUGGACCAAUCAAAACUCACCAAAUUUAUGGUAAAGCAGCAGAUCUCUGCCAUUUGACAGUGAAAACUCAAAGUCUGAUUUCCAAAUGAAUAUUGGACACUCACACACGGUUCCUCAAAGGUAUAUUUCCACCUUUUAUGAAACAAACAUGGCUUCCAGUAGCAAAACUUGACACUUCUAAUCCCCUUACUCAUGAUAUAUGUACAGCAUAAACUCAAGGACAAUGCUGCUGAUCCUGCCAUUUAUUACUUCAUCUGAAGGUGAUGUAAUUGAGUCUGUAUCUUACAAUUACCCCGGGUUCUUAAUUGAAGAUUUUCUGUCCUGUAAACUUCAUAUACAACCACUUGUAAAGUAAGCUUUUGCUGUGACUUGGCUUCUAUUUCAGUAAUACGUCAUAAAAUAAACAGCUGUCUCGUCCAGAGGCAACUUUAGGAUUGACUGUUUAUUUAUAAAAAUAUAAAUAGAGUCAAGCAUGAAGUUGCCUCAAAGAUUUGGAGUCCUGCUUUGUAGCACAGACCCCGAGUAACAUACACUGGUUUUGUCAGAGUGAUUAUUUUUUUCUAACAAAAGCAGAAUGCCGCAAGUUUUACAGAAUGCUACACAAAACUGCAGUUUUUUACUUGUUUUCUGAUGAACUCAAAGUAAGGUGUGGUCCGUUGUGUGCACUCAUGUAGUCAUGAUUGGUAAUGGAUUGGCUGGAGUCACUCCUGCUAGUCGAUGCUGAUUAUUUGACUCAAAGGAGUUAACAGAAAACCAACUGACUAUUUUCUAAAUGAAUAAUGAAACUGCCUCAUAUGAUUUGUCUGCAGCUGUGCGAGAGCAGGCUAAAAUGGUACAUGUAGAGUGUCAGUAGGAAACUAUUUUUGCCUCAGUUUCAGUUUUCAUUAAAUCACAAAUGCCUGUUUGUCAGUCCAUCUGAUUCUCUCCCUCCCUUCCAGGUCUCUUGCCACUGGACGAGACAGAUGUUUUGCUCCAGAGGCAUUGUGGGUCUGUGUUACUGUGGCAAUGCCUACAGUUACGCCAGCUGUUAUGCCGCUUCCCGAUGUCAACAUCGCUGCUGGGGACAUUCAUGAAAAUAACAUCAUUUUGAUCAACAGAGUCUCUGUGGUAAGAAGUGAAACCAUUUGCAUCAAUACAGAACGCUCUGUGUGUAUGAGUGUGUGUGUGCGUGAGAGAGAGAGAGAAAGAGAGAGAGAGAGAGAGAGAGUGCAUCCAUCAAAGACUAAAGAGUCUGAUCACUGCAAAUCCAGCUCACUUCUGACAACAUGCAGACAUUUUACUUGCAUCAGAAACCGGCUGCAGUUUCCAGGUGUUUUCUUAUGAUGGCGCUGAGCUGACAGGGAGUGACCUCACUACCUUCCAAGUGUCUGAUUGGCUGCUGUUACUAAAGAAUGGUCUUUCCUUGCAGGAUGUCCCAUUCCUGCUAUUAUGUCCUGAUUCCUGCUUGUUUAGUUAGAGCCUGAAAACAAAUAACAGAGCAGGGAUUUACAAAACUGGUUGAGGUGGACACACACACACACACACACACACACACACACACACACACACACACACACACACACACACACACUAGACUGAGUUUGACUGCCAGCUUGACGAAAAGAGUAUCUUGUUGUUCAGGAGGGAAAUAAAUGAACAGAGGAGACGUUGUCAGGAACAUUCAGCAGACAUCAUGUUGUUUUUCCAAACAACAUUUUGAAUAUACAGCACAUUCAGCUCAGAGUUUAAACAAAAGCAACUGUUAUAUACACACAAUUAUUUGGUUAUAUGGUGCCUUGAUAGCUCAAGGCAGCUAAAUAUUACACACUGCACCUUUAAAUUUAAAAUAAUGCAAUGCUGCACAUCUUUAUCAGUGGAUCUAAGAAAUGGUAUAAUAGUAAGUAUAUAAUAAACAGUUUGCUGAGUUCUAGAAAUGCUAAUAGAUGGGUUUAGAGUAAGUCCAGCUGUUCCCCAAGGUUAUUUUCUUUCUAAGCUAACCCGCCUAUUCUGUUUUUCUCACAGGAGUUUAAAAUGUUUCCUUCUUCUAACUUUCAGGCACAAAAGAUGUUUCAACUACUCAACUUUCUCCUGAAUGAUAAUUUGGAAAUGGUUACUGUGUCUAAGUGCAAACAAAUGAUUUAGGCCAUGUGAGAAAUAAGCAGGUGUGCUCAAACAAAAAGACCCCUGAAGUUUAAAAAAAAUAUCAUUCUUAAAAACAGAUUUUACAGAUUAAACUCUGUAUCCUCAAUAAAGAAAAUUAUUUCUUUUUUCAAGACUUUUUGUUUACUGAAAUAGGCUGUCAGUAAGCCCCUUUUCUGUCAGCCAAUCAGGAGUAAGCAGAGGUAGGGGUGUCCUACUUUUUGUCUUCUUAAAAAAAAGUAGAAGCAGCUGUGAGAUGACUCUCUCUCUUUGUGUGUGUGUGCGUGCGUGCGUGUGCUCUUGAAGUCAAUUUUCUCUCCGACAGAGGUGAAGGUCUGAACUCUUAUUUUGACAGUAGGUCAUCACUAAAUGCUCUUAUUUUGACACCCUCAGAUAGGAGCGGCCUUGACAGAGUCGGACUUCCUGUGACGACAGGAAGAGGGAGAGACGUAAAGAGACAAUGAGCCAACAUCUGUUGACGGGGGCGAUGGCUUCCGCAACAUCCCCAGCGUCGCCCACUUAGCAGAGAGACACACUGUCAGAAAGAGGAAGUGCUGUGUGGUCGCCAUGGUUACUGAGGUAUUUACCACUAAACCAGCUGAGGGGAAGCUCCAGACAGUAUGUUGACCUUUGACCUCUGACAGAUUUUACUUUUUCAGUCCGUAGACACAUUGUCUGAAAAUUCAUGGGAAAACUUUCUCAAGAAGAGGAACAGAAAAUUCAAUUCUGCUGAUAAUUUUUUUUUCAAAUGCUGGGUUCAUUUACUCACACACAUGACAUCAUUGAGGUGUGGCGAGGAGGGGGUUUCCAAAACAAAUUGGCCAACAAACAAUGAAAAGGACGAGAUGCUAAGUCCACAGGGGGGCCAGAGUUGACAUAAACCAAAAGUUCCUCACAGGAGCUUUAAUUCAUUUAUUGUUUGAAUGUUUGCCCCAUGACAAACACUUUUGAAAGAAAGAAAUUCAUCAUAAAUAGAUUGCUUAUAAUGCUUUUGCUGUGACAUUUUAACUGUCUUGCAUUUAGAAUUCUUCAUUUAAUUUAUUUAAAAUAGGCUUUUAUUUUGAAAUGAGGUAUGAUACUUUUGGCAGAUCACUGAACUAAAUGAGCUUUGGGAAAAGUUAGAAUUUUUUGUGGUUAAUGUAGUGUCUGACCAUCUUUAAGAGGGCUGCUAGUUCUUGUGAUUGGUGACAACCAGUGAAAGAACCACUACCACUCCCUACCAUCAGAGAAACACUGUAUGCUUUCAUUUAGCACAAUAUCAAUAUUUCGCUCUUGUAAAGCUGGUUAUUGUCAUAAGGUGACAGCCUGAGCUUGAAUGUAACAAAGUUUUAUUGUAGCUUGACACCAUUUAAAGGUUCUCAACUAGUGGGGCACAGACACAUUCUUGAUGGGUCACGAACAGCUGGUCAAGAAAGUAAAUAUUUAAUGCGACAUUUAUCAGAUAUUUGAUAUUUUCUGUAUAUGUAACUUUUGUAGUUGUCAUCCUCAUGUUGUAACCUUCAUGUGCUCUGAAAUGCACUUUACUCAAUAAAACAAGUGGAUUUAUGUUAAAGAUUAGAGUCUUUAAAGGUUUUUUUUUAAAUAAAUUUGCUCGGUUUGAAUUCUAUAAAAGUGGGUUGUGACUUAAGGACCAUGGGAAAAUGUGGGUCCCAGAGUGAGACUAGUUGAGAACCACUGGUGUAAAGUAUCUUAACAUUGAGAUAUUCCACCAUAAAUGUUAGAAACUUGACAAAGCGUCAUUGUGAAAAGCAUGAAUUUAGAUUUACUAAAAUGCAAGCUUAAAGGAGGUUUAGUGUCCUCCCUGUCAUGUUGAUUUACCACAUUAACAUGCUGCAUUUGCUAAUAAGUCCUUAACACGUAACAGCUGAGGCUUCUGGGAAUCUCAGUGGGUUUUUUUUUGCAUUUUUGUGAUGACCAUAUUGGAGGAUGUUGCUCUGGAUCCUGUGGUUGUUUUUAUGUGUCUGGUGUGUGUGUCAUGUGGCAGUAAUGUUGCAGUGAGUGGGGUCACCAUGUGAUUUGUGAAGGACAGCGAGUCAACAGACGGUUUAAAAGCACUGACACUUCAGGUCCUACAGUCAGUCGUCAGUCAUGAGUAUGUAGUCCUGGAGGAACAGAGGUCACAUGAAAACGGAUGAAGUCAAGCUGUGAUCACUGAUUUGAUUGUGGUCAUCACAUCUAUACAAUGAGUAGAAAGUAUUACUCAAAGAUCUAUUAUGAAAUCAUCAUAUGGUCUUUAACCUUGCUCAUGCUUGGCUUUGUUACUAUGUGAGUCCUUGAAUGAUCAAAAAGAGUUUUUAGAGGUAAAUUGCUUGUGCUUAAGGUUGUCGUACUUAAGCUUAAGCGUUUGUUCUCAGUAAAUUCUCAACCAACUUUAUACUCUUGAAACUGAGUCUGUGUUUAACUGGUGGGCAACUACAAAGAGGCACUUUGUCGUCUCAUUUAAGGGAUUUGUUAGUGUUAAGUGCACUUCAAACUUCAGCGCAACAACAAACAUUUGAGGUCAGUUUAUUUGUCUGUGUAAUGGGUCCAAAAGCCUGAACUGGAGUGCGGGUGCAAGCGUCAGGAACACAGCGAUUAUCAGCCACUUCCUGUUGAGUGGAUAGGUUUACAUGAUGAACUACAGCUGUGUGUGUCAGAUGAGACUACAUGUGUAGAGGAAGGACAUUAGAGACGAUCCAUAUGAAGCGGUGUCACGUCAGGAGAACGGGCUUCGCUUCCAGCUGGGUGUGUUAAUGAAUCACCGUCGGUUUGAAACCAGUCAGAGAGCAGUGGGAGACAACACAGCUGUUAAUGAUUGUGUGUGAGUGUGUGUAUGUGUGUGUUGAAGCUAAUGACAUCACAGCGCAGUCUCCGUUUUAAUGCUGACAUCAUCUUUUUCCACGCCAAACAGGGUUUAAGGAUGGAUGAAUAAAAGAGGGUCUCAGUCGAUGAAUUGAGCGUCUGAUUAGUCAGAAAUGAAGGUUAACUUCUUUUUAAUCGUUCCUUCAUAGUUUUUCACAGUAUGUAAUUUCAUGUAAUAGCUCAGCUUCACUCUACAUACUGUGUAAUGAGGCUGACGGAGCAUUAUUCUGACGGGUGAUUUACAUCCUGUGCUGAUACUGGAAGAUCAGAGAGGAUGUUGAUCAAACUGUGACUGUCACUAUUUGAAAGAUGUGUAAAAGAAAAAUAUUAAAGUAUAAAAGUUAGGAGUGCACCAAUUACAAUUUUCUGGCCGAUCACCGAUCUUUAAAAAGCUUGACCUGCCGAUGCCGAUUUUGGCCAUACCAUUUUUUUUUAUUACUGACAACAUACACCUUUGAUGCUCCAAUCUUAGUUUAAUGAAAAACAUUGAAAAAUACUUGUGAAACAAUACAAAUUUUUUGUGUUUGUUUUAACUGCAAAUAAAAUAAUAAUCUAUGGGACAAGCUAACAACACAACUUAAACCACCAAACAACUGUCCUGAGUUUUAGUUUUCCUUGUUGUGGGUUCAACAUGCUUGGUUGAUCAUGCUCCGGAUGACUGUUGUGUGUGCCGCUGGCUCUGACGCAUGCGUGUGUGCACACGUGACCUGGUGGGCGGGCCUAUCAUUCUGGCAAAGCAAAAAGCUACAAUGGCUGAUUUUCAGACCUUUGCUGAGGUAGAUAAGAUCGGUGGAUAAAAACGGUUUCAUAUGUAGGGAUCAGCUGAUCCCUGGAAAUUUAUCGGUGCAUGUUUAAUAAAAGUUUUUCUUGAGUGAGCUUCAAGUCAGCCAAAAACUCAACAGAGACAUUGAAGGACAUCGUUUUUGAGGGUUUAGAUCUGGACAGGACACAAAGUUUCUGGCCUCACGUAGCGAGUGGGUUUUGCUGUAGGUUGAUUCGGCAUAUAGUUCUAUUUUAACGCUGAUAUUGUAAACACGACAAUAUCACAGCUGUUUGUACUUCUGUCCUUUGUCUAUCACGUUUUGUCUCCUUGGGUGUGUUGGUGCUGAAUGUCUCUACCUCUUUCCUAGCUGCUCCAGUUCACAAAAAUGAGAAAACUUUGACACGGCAUGUUACAUUUCAACAUGCCUACCCCAUGUUUUGAUAAUGAAUUAGCUUUUUAUUUACAACCAACAAAAAAGCUGGAUGAAGCUAGUCUUUACCAGCUGGUGCAGGAGUCUUUUUUUCUCAAUAUUUUGAGAAAAUCUUUUUUUCAAUCGUAUUCCUGAAAUAUUGACUUGAUUUCCAACAUUUUAACUCUGAUCUUAAACCACAUCAUGGAAAAAAACGAUCCCCUCUAAAUUAAAUUUCCCUUAUCCCUGUCUCCACAACUCUUCUGUAGUUUUGUGUUUUUAGUGGUUUUGAUUUUCUGUUAUUUUUCAGCUCGGACAGAUUCAUAACCUCCAUCUGCUUUUAGUUUUUACACCCCAAAGUGUGAUCUAAAGCAAACACACACACACACGUACAGACACACUCAGAUACUCGCAUACUGACAGGAGCUUCAUUAGGAAUGAUAUUAGUGCAGAGUCGUUAUAGCUUCCUGCCCCCAAAACUCACACCCACACCCACCACAGGAGGUCACAGAUAUGAAGCCAACAGCUGGAUCUCUCUCCCUCACACACACACACACACACACACACACACACACACACACACACACACACACACACACACACACACACACACACACAGAGUCAGAACUUUUCCUGUUUGGCACAAGACCAGAGAGGGACAAGGUCUUUGUGUGUGUGUGUGUGUGUGUGUGUGUGUGUGUGUGUGUCUCUGAGAUAAGAGUUUCAGGGCCGCAGAGAUAAAAUUCAGUGUGGACCCCCCCUCACACAGACACUGGCCUAACGACUUUUUUUUUUUAAGCCAAUCAGAUCAUCACCUGGCCUUCAGCUCGUUAACAGACGAUCAGCCCCCCACCUGGGAGAGAUUUUAACAGCAGCUCAUUAACAUAAUUAAUUGAUGCCCGUUAGCUUAAUGAAGCUGCAGGUCAACAGACAGAGAAUGGUCCUCAGUGUUCAUUUAAAGACACAGCACAGGAGUGUAUUUAAAACCUAUAAACAAACUCAAUUGAAACAGCGUUAACACUCGAAAGCAGUAAUUUACUCUUACAAAAGUGUCACUGAAGCCAAACCAUUUUAACUUAGUAGACAAGUUACAAAUAAUGAGAGGCACUCAUCUCUUUCUGUAGCAAAUCAGAAGUUAUUUUAUUGUAGUGAUUAUUAUUACUGUUCAUAUUUUCAAAAGUAAACUAAAGACCUACCUUUUCAGUCUGGUUUUUAGCUGAAUUUUGUUUUAAUCUUUAAAUCUGCAUUAUGUGAUUUUACCCUAUUUUAGUCCUAGAGUAAUUAUUACCUUAAUUAUUACCUUCUUAUUUACUUUUUUAUUGUUUGAUUUUAAGACGUUUAUUUAAUUAACUUUUAACGCUUUAUCACCUUUAUUAUAUUUUAUCAUGGUUUUAUUGUUUUAGUCCUAGAUCCAGAGGUUCCUCAUCUUUUUUAACUCAAGAUAGCGUUUCCUCAGUCACCUUUGGCAAGUUGAAGAGUCCUGUUUUUUUGUGUUUGCAUCUGUGUGUGAUUGCUGUGUGUGUUGAAUGGGGGUUGGAAGGGUGGGUGGGGUUUGGUAUCUGUAUCUUUAUUUAUUUUUUUGAAAUAUGAAAGUGAGGAGUAUGAAAAGUGCUUUAAAAAUAAAGUUUGAUUGAUUGAUGAGUUAAUCAACUGAUACAGCUGUUUCUUUAGAGCACAUUGUAUACACGUUUUAUGCAUAAUAAUAUAAACAGCAGUCAUUUAAAACAACCACAACACAUUGAAUAGAGAAGAAGGGAAAGAAAACUCUCCUCUGAUAAAGUUAUGAGAAUUAAGAAAUUUUGAUUUGUCCAUUUCCGACAGCCAGUUUGGAGGAACAGAUCUGUCCCCAAACAAACCCAACGAAAAUGAAACUCAGUCUGACUCACAGUUAGUUAUAAAAAGAUGAUACGAAGGUUGGCGAUACGUAGCUCAAAACUAAAUAUAAAACUGUUUCUGUUUGAGUUUCCAUGUAGGGAAUGCAAUCAGUCAAACUUUGCACCUGUUUACAGCAGACAUCAUUAAACUAUGUGUGUAUAUCGGCAACAGGUGUGACAUUUUGCUCUAUUUAUUUAGAUAUGUUAACAAGCUAGCAUCAGACUGUCAGGUUUUCACGCGUCAGAGCAAACAGAGGCUGCAAGCUGUUUAAUGUGCUGUCAUGUCUUAAGAUAUCUCACAUACUGACAGUUUAAAACACGGCUGUAGUCUCAGUGAUGUUACCCAAUAACUUAUAAGGAGGAGUUUUAGGGCUGAAUGAUGGUGAUUGCCAAUGCUGACUCAACUUAGAUACAGGUAAAAUGGGAUUGAGGUGGGCCUUCAGUUUUCCUGGGAAACUGUUUUGAAGUUCCUGCUUGUCAGUCAACUGAGCCAUGCUUGUGCUAAUAAUCAGUUAACAAUAUCUUGUAACCCUCAUAUCUUCAAAGGAGUUAAAAAAAAUCUCUGCCAGUACAGUAAAAAAAAAAAAAAAAGGCCAAAGAGAGAAAAUAUGUUUUUCCUGACUAUAAAUGUAUUUUAUCUUUAGAUUGGCAUUUAAAGAAGAGGGUCUCCAUGAAUUUUACACAUCUGCAUUGGUGUAAAGGUUGCAGCGUGUUUGUAUGCCAGCUUAGUCAGGUUUUAACUGCAAACAAAUUAUAUGAAUCACUUGAAUUUUGUAUUAAAUCACCAUUGUGUGUAGUAAAUUAAAAAAAUGUUUGAAGCUGUGUUUUGAACUAGUUUAUAGGAGCAGGACAAUGAGCAGGAAUUCAUGUGGAUUGGUCAGAAAAAGCUAUCCGUGUAAAAUAAAUUAUAGAGUUAUGAAUACAGAUUUGAAUCUGCGUUUGUAUAACAACUUCAUCAGUAAAAAGAUAACUGUGCUAGGUAUAGCCAGCCGAGAACACUAAAUGAUUGAUUAUCUGUUAAGAAGAUGCAGUUCACUGUUAGGACACAGUUUUCCGGCUUGUUUACCAAGACCCUGGUCUCAUACAUGGGGGUCUUGCUUGUUUGUUGUGAAGAUUUCUGAUGUGAAGACACAAAACUCUGAGUCUGUGUCUUUAUAUGUGAUGAUACAUGACCAAAGAUAAUGAAGCUGUAUGUAAAGAGUGACUCCUUAUCAAAAAAGUGAGUAUAUCCGACCACCGUGUAUAUUGCCUCUUGCUGAUGUCAGAUCUGGAAGUGGUUCACUGUUUGUUAAAGUCAGUUUUUCCAGGUUUUUUCAUUUGUGAUUUUCAGCGCUUACUCCCCUACAUUACUUGUGUUGCCAAACUGUAUGCACGUUUACAUACAUCCACAGAGGCAGACUGCGAAGUGUAAAAUCUUCUAUGUUAACAGAUAGUCCAGAUGCCUAAACCUUUACUGCAUCUUUGUUCUAUUACGUGUUGUACGGCCAUUUAAAACAGCUUUUGCUGGUGUUGAAUUGUUUAAUCCUAACGGGGUCACUGUGCCACAUUCACACAGCUGUGUGUCCAUAAAGUCUCUUACUUUGUAAAUGCAGUAUCAGAGUCAGGCUGCACAGACUGACCCUCGGAGGAAAGAACUGUAUGUCGACAGGAAGUCCUCUUCCUGGGGAGCACAAUGGCUGUUGUUCCAGACAGGAUGUGACAUCAUCGCCAAGGACUUUGAGGCAGGAAGGAGGUGAUGGGGGUUGGACCUCAAUGUCUCCUCCUCUUGUAAAAUGGGUGGACAAAGUUUUUUUAUCUGUCCAUCCAUCAUUUGAACCACAUCUACUCGGCUGUCAGAGAAUGAUUGUUGAAGCUUCACUGCAAACACAGAUACACGUAUCGCACAUUAUCAGCUUCUGUUGUAUACCCACAGUAAUCCUGUUUACAUUUUUUCAUGCGCUGUGCAGAGAAGAGGAACAAUGGAGAGGAAGUUUAUGAGAAAGGUUUAUCGAGGUGUAUGAGACUAAAAUGGGAUGAAUGUGGCAGAUGUUUAUUACAUUCAUGUCUGUGUAAAAUGAAUAAUCUGAAACAAAACUCAAUAUUUCUAUAACCAGAUGUCUUUAUUUUAUAAGUAUUCAAAAAAAAUGCAGCAGUAUCGCAGGACAGGAAAACGUCGCUAAUGUGAACGCUUGUAUUGACAGGAUACGGAUUUGAAAAAAAUAUUGACAUCCGAAAUAAUCGCACGACAAAAACGGUCCCUUUGUGAAAGGACCUUAAAUCGUUUUGUUUUCCUCACCUAGAUAAUCAAAACCAUGUCAUUUCCAGUCAUGAAAAUGUGUCUCUUAUAAUUUAUUAGAGUUAGCAUUUAUUUUAAAGUAAAUAAUCUGGCUAACAUCUAUUUUAAAAGAAACCCAUUUGUCUCUGGAUUCUCUACUUCCAAUGAUUGAUAAUGGUCCAUCAAAAUAAGUUUUAGUACAUUAACAUAACUGACUUUUUUGUGCAUUUCAAUCAACUUUAAGGUUAAAGGCAUAUUCAGGCAUAAUUAAUCAUUUCUUUAUCAUUUCCUUUAAGUAAUAAUCACCUUAUAAAUCAUUUUGCACUGCAGAUGCGGUAGUUCUUCUGCCUUAGCAUCUCAGUCUGAUUGCAUUUCCAUGAAAAAAUGAUCAUAAAUGUUCUUCCUUGAGCUGCGUCACCCCGCAAAAACAAGCGGCUGCUGGAAGAGAGUCGGUGAGUUUUGUUUGGUCUCUUUGCUAAAGAAAUCAGGCAAAGUUAAAAAGAUGUUUGGUGGCUAGUGUUCUGGCUAGAACCCUAUAUGUACUGUUGACGAAGUUCUGAGCAUUACUUGUGGCUAUAGAGUGGAGUUUUGGUUGAAGUUUGUUUAUGGCUCCUCAGACCGCUGUGUGUUGCUAUCGUGCGGUCGUUACUAAAGUUGGUAAAACUGGAGAAAUAAGCGGUCGGCAACAUUCAUCUCUAGAGGGGGUGUCUAACUCGGUGUUAUGGUGUGUUUGACCCUAAAUUAAUUUUACGCCGGAAUAUCCCUUUAAGUGGAAACCUCUGCUGUUUAAAAAUGAAGCUAAUGCAGAGGUGCCAAAAACAGAAAUGAAUACUAUGCCAUCAUAAAGUAUAAAAACAUGGACAGAGACAUAAGGGAAGUUCCAAUCACAGAUUUUCUCUCUGUGUGGUAUCUGUGCAGCCCUGAUGUGCUCUGUCAGGUUUGAGCUGCAGAGGAGAGCGUGACACCAGGGUGUAAAUCCAGAUGUGUUUGGUCUAAGGAGUGGGAGCUCAGACCUCGAUAUCUGCAGGUCCUGACAUUGAAAGACAAGACAAAAAAAACCCUGACUGAAAACAAGCAUGAAGGUAGAUGCUGUUUAACCUCUCUUAAGCACAGAAUAUAAAACAUUGUAGAAUUUUUCUGCCAUUUUUAGCCAAUAUGUCGUAACUACAUACUCACUGUGGGGGUAUUUGGUUGUAUUUUCUGUUCUGAGAAGGGUUUUUAGUGCAUUUACUGUGAAUAUAUGCAGGUUUUGUCUCUAAUGGGCCACCGUACAGGGGACUUUUGAUUGUGUAGAGGAAGACAGAGCUGCAUAAGAGCCUCACAUUGUGUAGAGUAAUUUCCUCCAUUAGCAGCAUGUGUGUGUGUGUGUGUGUUUGGUAGUGUGUGUGUGUCCAAUGGCAUUUUUUUUUUGAUAACAGCUUGUGUUGCCUUUGGGACUGCACACACACACACAAACACACUCAGUCUAACUGCUGCAGGCUUGUAGCUCAUUACUGAUUCGACAUAUGGCUACACACACAUCCCCAGCAAACAGUCUAAUUCUUCAGAUUUGUUAUUAAUUACUGUUAAAAUAAGACAGGCUGAUCAUAUGAACUCUGACCCAGUUCACUGGACCGAGUUUAUUUGUGUUGAGUUUCACAGUUGGGGCUCCUGCGUUUGCUCCGUGAUCCAUUUUCUGUCGUCAGGAAACAGCAGGCUUGUUUCUUUCACCAACAAGAAUGUCACAAUGUCAGGUUGGAGAAUAUCUGAAUGUAUGGAGGCAGACCAAGCUGGGUUUCACUAUCUAUCCAUCAGGGAAGCAUAGUCCUCCUUCUUGCUGAGGAGUCCCAUGGAUUUCUUUUUUAAUUCUAUCUAUUUUUGGCCCUUUUUUUCCCCAUGUUUCCGCUCCUCACACUGCAGCCCUCUGUCUCUGUACAAGUCCUGUGAUACUCUGGAAAUGGACAUGCACACUGCUCUGUUUAUACUGCUGAAUAGGCAGUCGCGUUCACAUGUGCUUUUGGUGUGUAUAGUUUUCACGGUCAUAAAUUUCAGACUGCAUGCAGUCCCUCGUGGAUAUGGGCAGAUGACAAUUUACAUUAGGCGAACCUUCACAGCCUUGCAGGAGAGAAAUGUGUAGCCUUGGCUUGAGGAGAAGUCUGAUGUGUUUGGAAAUGUGCCUUUUUGUAAUAUUGUCCAGAGUUAGAUUAGAUGAAUGGAUCCAAUGCAGCAGCUGGGCCAUGAGAAACGACUGAGUGAGAAGGAAACUGCUUGCUUGCUUCUUUACAAGGAACCUCAGAGAGACCUCAAAUCAACCUUUUUUUGUGGCAUUUGAAACUAUAGUGGUGGGAGGAUGGGUGUUAAACUUCUUGUUUUAUUAUGACAAAUAACUUGACGGCAACUGGUUUUCAGACAGUCUGAAGAUGAGGAAAUCAGCAAAGAAACAAAAGGUCAAUAACCCACUGUGAAACCACAACGUGAAGUUUUUACCCUCAAAUUUUAAUAAGCAGUCAAAAUGAGAAAAUGAAAGUGGCUUUACAAUAUACAUGUGAAGUACUACAAUGAUCCUCAGACACUGAUACAGAGCUCUUCACAAUGAAAUAACAUUGAUGCAAGAAAAUGGGCCAUAACGGUCAUUUCAUCUCAAGUACUUUGAGUAAAUAUCAUGGCACUUCUCCUUUAAGUCAAACAAAUGACUCCUUUUGUAACAGAGUGAAGUGAAAAAGUAUAAGUGGUUAUGUACUGCAAGUAGAAAGACAUUAGGAGAAGUAGUAGUUACACUGAGAGGUAGUAAAACCUUAAAGACCCAGUGAGGGGUUUUUAAUUUGUUUUAAAUUAGACUGAAAUUGAUAUCCAAAGUUUCUUGUUGGUGAUGUCAGAUAUGAGCUCAAAGUGUCAGACACUUGCUCUCCCCCACCUCAGUCGGUGUCACCCUUUCUGUCAAUCAACCAUCUUCCACAUGAAACAGUCCGACUGAUUUGCAAGGAGUCGGGAAGAAGAAAAUUAAAAGAAAAUACUUAUGUGUGUUACUGAUUGAGAGAUAGUUCAACAGUUCAGGCAGUUAUAAUUACAACUGAGCAGACACACACACACACACACACACACACACACACACACACACACACACACACACACACACACACACACACACACACACACACAGUGAGGCCUGAUGGAACCAAUUAGUAGACGUUAUCAUGGCCUGGAGACGUCACAAGCUGUUCAGACACCCCCUCCUCUCCUGUCUCUCCCCUCCUCCCCCUGGGGGGUCCGAGUGUGUGUCUGUGUGUGUGUGUGUGUGUGAUGGGUGUGUGUGUGUGUGUGUAUGUGAUGGGUGUGUGUGUGUGUGUGUGUGUGUGUGUCACUGCUCAUACAUCAGUGCUAAAAUAUUUACAGUCCUCCGUGUUUUACGGUUUAUAUUACUGACCCACAUUUAUCGUUGUGUGUGUGUGUGUGUGUGUGUGUGUGUGUGUGUGUGUGUGUGUGUGUGUGUGUGUGUGUGUGUGUGUUUGUGAUGUCAUGGCAAAACGUCAGUGACCUCAGCUACAGGAACACAUCCAUAUAAGGCCAGAAAAUCCCAGAGAUUCACUCCACGGUGUGUCUGCUCCUGUUUAAAAUCAAACCGUUUUCUGUCCGUGUAAGGCCCGUCUGUUGGCUGCUGUCGCUAGGAAACAACAUCACCCCCAAUAUUGGUGUUCGUAGGUAAAAAUUAAGAAAAGAGUGUGUGCUGGCAGAGCGGUUAUUACCAAAGAGAUAGUCAUUCGAGAUAGUUCUUUUUCCAAAACAUGGCGCGUCAAGAUAGGUUUAAAGGAUAACCCUGGGUUAUUUAAUCUCGGAUCUUAUCUGUAGUGUAAAUACUAAUAACUCAACACUCAACUGGUUAUCAGCAGGGAUCUGUUAACGCAGCAACAUCUCAAGAAAGAGGUCUUACAAGUCAAGAAACAGGAGCUGUAAAACGAUCUGAUUAGUUGUGAACAAACCUCAAAGAGUAAACAAUAAAACAAUGAUUCAUGGUUUCGGUCCAGUUCACAGUCAUAUUUUAUUUUAGGACUUUGAAUGUUUACUGUGAUUGUGUGCACAGGGUUUUUCUGUACGAUGAGGGAUGUCUGCUAAUAUUUCAGACAUGUUUGCUCUCAGUUUGACCCCCAUGAGAAAGUGAAGCUUUAAUGACUCUCGUUUAGCGCGUCACAUAAAGGUGUUACUUAGUUUUCAUUGCAUGCAGGACCAACUCCUGAUAGAAAAGCUUGGCAUAUUGAGACUUUUAUAACUAAAGAAAUGGGAUAUGAUAAAGCACAGCUGAUAGUGAUGGUAAGUGGUGCAUUAUAGGGCUAAAAAAUUACGUAUACCUAUUGGAAGAGCCCAGUCUGACAUCUUUAUUUGCCCAACAAACAAUCUAGCACCAAAGUCCAAGAAUAUUUAGCUUUUCCAAAAUGCUGCAGCACAUCUACAGACAGAAUCUGGAAAGGGAGGUUAUAUUCCCCCCAUAACAGCUUCUCUGCACUGACACUGGAAGCUGAUUCCAAGGAAAAACAAUAAGUUGAUGCACCAUGCUUCCGUCCCAUACUUAAAGACUGCAUAAAACAUGGAGUGUCAGUGACGUCUUCGAUUGAUAUCUGAAGUCCAAUGAUGGUGGUCCUGAAAUGCUGACUCACCUACAUUUCAGUCAACCUAGCAAAGAGGUGGAGUUGAGAUGGAUUUUUUCCCCCCUUGUACAGUGUGAAUGAAGAAAAGGGCUUUUCAGACCAGAAUACUUUUGUUUGUUUUUUUGCACCAGGCUGUAGACAUGUUUUACUUUUCUGUUGUGGAGUGGAAAGCAUGUGGCUUCCAGCUCAAACUGGACACUCAAGAAUUACUUUUCAGCACUUCUGCAAAGGCUUUAUUUCUCAGGACCGGAGGCUACUGCUUUUUUUUUUAUUACUAUUAUUAUUUUAGUUAAAACGACUUGCAGUAGCAGAAUAAGUUUGUUGUCUUGGCUUUGACAACAUCCCUCUAGUGCAGUUUUAUGGUUUUUAGAUGGAUAAAGUUUUAGGUAAGAGCCUAGGACUGGUGCAAGGACAAAUGACAGGCAGAGGUAUAUAUGAGAAAAGUUACAGCUUAAAUAGACUGACAGAUUGGGUUGGUGCAUUUUAUUUCUUAAGUAUUUUUUUGGUCAAUUUUGCCGUCUAUUGACAGUACACGGUGAAAUGUGGGGAGAUAUGCAGCACAUGGUCGUGGCUGGACUCAAACCUGCGACCACUGCAGGGACCGAGGUCCUCAAACAUGGGGUGCACUAACCCACUUGGCCAUCUGCACGCCCCAGUUGGAACAUUUUUUUUUACAUGAUUGUGGUAAAUGAGACAGGUAUCUAGUGUGUAAACAGCACAGCUAACAGCCUAAAUCAGCUCACGGGUGCCACGCAAAGUUAUGUCAUCAGCUGUCAGUUUGCUUCGGUCAGAUAUGUAAAGUAUUUCCUUUAUGUUUUAAUUAAGAGUAAGGAACUUGUAGAUGUGAUGUCCUUUUCAUGCUCACCACACCAUAAAAGAACAUAACACUUCAUAAGAUUAUGUCUGUCAGUCAUCUCCAGCAUACAGAACAAAGACAGCCUGUUUCAGUGAGAUUGCUGUGUUCACUGUUUUCACUCACAGGGUUGACGAUAGAUGGUCAAGUGGAGACUCUGGUGAAGUGAUGGUACAGAGCUGAGCUUUCAGGAACUGAAAGUGACGACUGAAACAUUUAGGAAACUGUAUCUGCGUUCCAUCAUCCUGUGUUAUAUAACAGCAUUUUGUUGAAGAAAAAGUUGACCACCAACAUCUUGAUAUGUCUGUGCAGAUAAAACUGUUUUGGGUGACAUUUUUACAUCUCUAGCCUGACUGACAAGGCUAUGAGGGCAACUUGUUGAUCAUGGGUCGCAUAAUGUACUGUGUCACUUAUUGGGCUUGAAGAUUAGACAGUUAUUAAUACGAUGAACAUCAUGCUUUAAGUUUGGCAGGAAGAUGAUCCUAACCCAACCAACUUUUUUAAAAGUAAAUUAAUAACAAAUUGAGACAAAGUGAGGCUAACAAUAGCAGAGCUUGUACCACCAGUCUUCUGUCUGUCAGCUGAUUGCUCCAGUCAAGUGAUCAUAUGCCGGUUAAAGCUCCUGUGACUCCACAGGACUUUUUUCACUUAUGUCGAAUGAAAUUCAUACUGAUGCCUUUUCAUGAUAUACAAAAGCAAAUAAGACCAUCAAGGACAAGAUGAAUGGGUUUGUAUUGUAAUUUUCAAUGCCUGAAACUGUUAUAGGGGGUACGUGCCAGCCAAGCAGCUGAAUAUAAAGCCCCUUUUUAAAAAUGACCAUAUGAAAUAUUCACAAUAAAUGAUCAAUUUCACUGUCAAACGUCAGCAGGGUGAGUUUUUUUUUCUGUCAUUGACACAGAAUUUAACUGGAAUUUCAGCUGGACAAGAAAUCGGAUGCCACUUUUGGGCAUUUGUGGUUUUUUUGUCUAUUUAAAUACAGUCUAUUGAGCUGCUAACCAGCAUAGAAAAACAUGUAGUUAUCAAAUAUAAAAAGCUUGUUUGUCUGAUAGCAGAAAUUCUAAACAGUCAUUUAGCUGUAUCACGGUUGUUUAUAUCAACCUGGCAGUGUAACCCAAGAUGAUGCUUCUUCGAUUUAACUUCCUCCCCAGUCUGCCAAAGUGCUCUUUUCCUCUCUGUUUUAACCAUCACACAGAAUGCAAGUCAGAGACUUCCUGUAGCCAAGCUGGUUGACUUCCUGCUCAUUCCCCUCACAUAUAAAUGCAACAAAAUGGUUUCUCUCUCCAAACCCUGAGGCCUCUGCUUUUUGGGGACAGUUGUGAGUAGUGUUGUGUGUCAGGCUUGUUCGUAUCAGGCUUGAUUUUAUGCAAGCUGUUGGCUCACCUGGUUUAGCCCAACAAUGACAACAAGCCCAAUCAGUUGAUCUACAAGUUUCCAUAAAUGCUUUGAAACUGCUCUUUAACUAGGCAAUGAGCAGCCAAUCAGAGACAAGCAUCACCUGUUACAGAGACAGUGUAGAAACAUGAAAAAGGAAAGUUUACAGUGUGUGUCUGUGUGUACGUGUGUUUUAGUGUGGAAGAUGGGAUAAACUGUCAUUUCCUUCCAUUUUCAGUAAUGUCAGCAGCUCCACCAAACUCCCCCAUCCUCUCCCUUCCUUUCUCUCUACGGCAGACACACACACACACACACACACACACACACACACACACACACACACACACACACACACACACACACACACACACACUUACUAAAUCCUUACAUAAAAGCCUGUUAUCUGAUCAAACUGAUGUGAGAUCAGAAGAUGGAAACACAGCAGGGUGAAGCUAUCUCUUAGAGCACCAUAGAUAACACACACACACACACACACACACACACACACACACACACACACACACACACACACACACACACACAGAAGGAGGUCAGCUCUUUAAUCUGAAGGAGAGUUUGUCAUUAGCAGACAAGACAAACAAACAGCGACAGACCUGCCUGUGACCUGACACUCGUCUGUUCAUGGUUCAAGACACUUUUAAUCACUUUGAUAUUAAUUAUUUAUGCAUUUAUUUAAUGAUUUUUAUACCAAAAACCACCAAAAUAACCUGAAGUGAUCCAAGAGAAGAGUUACUCAACAAUGAAAAACAAUUCAAAGAUGGUGGGUCAGGUUCUGAUUUCAUAUCUGAGCAAGGGCGAGCUGUCUCUGUUUGGCUAAAAAAGUUCUGGUUUCAUACAAAUGCAGUCUAGACCGUGCUUUUGUAUCAACACAAAAUAAUAGAAAACAGAUCAAAUUACACAGACAAACCUGACAAAAUUGCACUUUAAAGUUUGGAGGAACAUGCUUUCCUCACAUGUAGUUUAAUCUGUGCUUUAAAUCAAUGAACCAAUGAAACAGUGAAUAGACAAAACCUCAAAAGCAAACUGAGCAAGGCUAAAAGUGACGCUUAUUACAUGAUGCCAUGGUAACUCAAUCUUUAUUUGAGCUAAAUGAAUUCAUGAUACAUCCUUCACAGGGCAUAACUGAGACCUCGUUUUCACCAAAUUCAAUGUUAUUUUUGUUGGGUCCAGGUUUUUGGUCCCCACACCAUGAGUGGGCUGUUGUAUUCUGGUCCCCUCAUUGUGAUAAAGACAAACACAAACUCACACACACAAAACAAUAAUUUGAACAUCCUAAAAUCCUUUUUCUCCUUUUUCAGUAGAACUUAAGCACAGGUGAGGUAAGGCCUUUUAAACAUGCAGACAGAAUUGGGAAAACGAUAAGUUGCACAUAAAAUGGAUAUUGUGGGAUGUGAAGCAAAAACCUGCCUCAUUACGCGCUGACAUUUUGUACUGCAUCAUGUAUGACAGCAACCUGGCUGGAAGAGCCACAGGACUUCUUUCACGUCUUUAGUUUACCACUGAGAGUCAAAGAUAUCUUGGUACAGGUUGGUACAGCCCACAGCAGAAGAACAGACUCUUGUGUUGAUUUUAAGCAGACACUCAUGGCUCUGGAAAGUUCAGUGAGUCUUGGUAAAUUUUCUCCUCCCGCUCCUCCUCUUCUCUGCGAACUCACAUGCAGGAGCCCGAAUGUGCCAGUAGAGCUGUAAAUCAAUCAUCUCCUACAAAUGAGAUAACCAACCCAUCCACUGACCCAUGUCCCAUCUAAAAAAACAAAGCUAGAUUUUAUCAUUUGAAAUUUUACACCUAAACUUAAAAAACUCCAAGACAGCUGCAAACUUAAAGCUCCAGUAAGGAAUUUUAUUUUGUGUUGAUACAAAGCAGCACCCCUUCUCUCUUUGCAUGAUUUGAAAAGAUGAAAUUUAGCUUUUUGAACUUUCGCUUACACAUUAUCAAGUUUUGGAAAAAUUGCUUGCUACAACGGUUUUUAAAUUAACCAUUGACUUUUUUUACUGCCGUGUGUUGAAGUUGUCAGAACUUUCACAACAUGAGUGUGAAGUCAUUUGACAAAGACUGUAGGGCUAACUGAGGAUAAAUCAUAGGUGUUGAGAAAGAUGUUUUCUUAUGUCCUUUGUGAGCAGGGUCCCUUCUCAUGUCUGUAUCAGCCAUGACACAUCAGCAGUUUUUGUGAAAACUUCUGACUCAUCAUAAAAAAGAGAACUACAGUGAAGGAACCUUUUUAAUUUUUUGCUUUUCUCCAGCUUUGGCGGUCAAAAACGGUCUUAUCAAAUGUACCGCAUCAUAACUUCUGCUUUUGAGAGCCCCUUGAACACAACUCAGACCAUUUGAUAGCUUGAAAUAGAUAUACUGUAACUGCCGUACAGUUUAUGGGCAUUUCUAGCCAAAACUAGUGCAGCUGAAAACAAAUGUCCAGGAGAGGAAGUCGUAUUAAAAAUAUUGAUACAAGAAAAAAUAUUAAUUCCACAAUGUUUAAGUAUUUAUAACAUGUGUCAAUAAAAUAACUCUUAAAGGGACAUUCUGGCGUAAAAUUAAGUUAGGGUCAAACACACCAUGGACUCGCCCAGAGGUCUCCAUACAAACAAGCGGCUAUUGGAAGGGAGACGGUGAGUUGUGUUUAGUCUUUUUGCUAAAGAAUUCAGGCAAAGUUAAAAAGAUGUUUGUGGCUAGUGCUAUGGCUAGGACCCUAUAUGUACUGUUGAUGAAGUUAGGUGCUGUUCUGAGCAUUAUUUGUGGUUAUAGAGUGGCGUUCUGGUCGAGCGUGUGGCUCUCUGUAUUGCUAUCUGUGGUUCUUACUAAAGUUAAUAUAACUAAAGAAGCAAGCGGUCGGCAACAUUCAUCUCUCUAAGGGGUGUCUAACUCGGUGUUACAGUGUGUUUGACCCUAAAUUAAUGUUAUUUCAGAAUAUACCUUUUAAGUAGAAGGUGAAAUUUGAAUAGCUUGUAAACUCAUUUGUCUCUUUGUUUCAGAGUGAGCACCAAGAUUAUCAGUGCCUGUAUCCAAGGUGAGGAAAGGUAAAAGUUAUGAUAUAGAGAAAUUAUCCAUACUCAAAUCAAGAAAGUGACUCUUUCUCUGACCACUAUGACUAUAUUUUAUUUUCUUGACUUUAAAUAAAAGUCCCAACUCACACUGAGCAUCAUUUGAUAAAGAUAAAAUUGGAGAUGGUUUUGCAUGGUGACUGGAGGAAGGCAGUGGGGGAAAUGAAAGAGAACAGAGGAAGUGGCAAAUCUCUGAGUUGUUUUCUGAUACACGCAAUGACAUGACUGAUACUUUCCAUGUUUAACUGAAAGUCAAAGACUAACUAGUAGUACUGGUUGUUCUGUUAGAACUUUUUGUCCUUAGUCAUGUCAACAGAGUGAUUUCAGUCCCCCAGAGUGAGAAGUUCCAGCUUCGUGACUCCAUGAAAGUUUAUCUGCUCCACAUCUUCUGUCUUCUUGUUCAGCCACUAUCAGCUGUGACCUUUGACCUCCUAAUUGCUGGCCGAGCGUAGGUUCACAGUGACCUCAGUUUGACCGUCACUUCACUUAUAAAUGCGGUCAACUCUCGCAGGAGCACUUUAGGUUGAUUGGGCAGUAUGGUGGUAACCUCAACGGUGGGAUCAUUUCCAAAAGAGGAGACCCUUAAAGUAAACCUCAACUCGAAACAAAUUACAAAAUAAUAUUCUCUCCUCCCAGUGCUGGAGGGAGAACGAAGAGACUUAAAAGAGAAAUACCAUAAUAUAGAAGUCCCCAAAGACAUGCAAAAGAAAUAUAUGUGGUUAUCAGGUAGAAAGAAACACAAAGGUACCCAGUGCAGUUUACAGUCAUGGCAUUUUAGAGAUGUUUCAUCAUCAUACAACAGUUUCUCAUGCGUCUAUAAAAAAGAUUAUGUCAGGUGGUGGAAAAUUUUGAGGGGAUUUCCAGUAGUUUGAAACCUUUUUCCUGUUUUGCGUGUUUUUAGAUCUAAAUGACUAACAGAGAACUCUGGAAUAUCUCCGGUGGAUUACCUUAGCAGCAGCUGCUCAGCUGGCUGUAAUCUAUUUACUAAAGUAGUUUUUCAGUGCCAGUAAAAAGUAGAAUGUUAUUCCUCGGAUCCUUUCAAGAUAAAACUUACUAUCAAAAAGUUGGGUGCUUUGUCAAACCCUGAACAGCUGAUGUAGUGCUCUGUUCUACAUGACACCAGGCAGGUCCUAAGUUCGCCAUGUUUGCAGACUUAACGCAGAAAAGUAUAACUCUGGGUUUACCUUGAAUCUCAACACAGGUGAGGUUUGGCGACUUUACACUGAACACAGUAUUUGUUUGUUUUUACUGUUUAGUGAGAUCAGAGGUUUUACUUUGUCCACAGGAGGCGCCAAAAUCAACACAAACAGAGAAAUCCUCACAGGAGCUUUAAAUGAUCUAAUUAGUUGUGUCUUACUCAAUCACUGUUGUAGGUAUUAAAACAAACUGAUUUAAAAUAAACCUACAAACACAAAGAAAGACCUCAACACCGCUCUUUUUGUUUCUAAGGUCAGCAGAUGUGACGUAGGACAUAAUGGACGCCCAGGUCUUCUGAUAUCAAACAAUAAUGGGCUCAGAGUGGGAAAACACGACUCUGCUCCCCACCGGAUUUUUCCCUGAUGCUUAAAGACUUUGUGAACGUGUGGGAGGAUGGGAACAGUAGCUAGUCAGAUUCCAACGUAAUAACUGCAGGGUCAUUAACAGGAAAUACCAACAAACACACAGUGAGUGUGUUUGUGUGAGUUUGUGUGUAGUAUGGAGUUCCUGUCUGACAUUCACCCUAAAUAGUCUGUCCGCUCCAGAAGUGUCUUUCUGUCUCAGACUAUUUAUACCAGAAUGAUACUGGAUCUUGUACAUAUAUAGUGAUGGAUAUCAAAAUGAGAUGAAAAGGGCAGGGUGCUCUUUGGGUAUAUUGUUUUAUUUUUAUCAUUACAAGCACUUAUAAGUUAUGAGAAAAGCAAAACAGACUCCUAAAAAAGCCUUUUCUUUCUUUUCUCCAUGGCUCUCUGGUUUAUUUAUUCAUGGCUUAUUGAAAGUCUGGAAUGAAUCAGAGCAGUUUGAGUUCUUCAGUGACUCUUUCAGGACAAAUAUUCUUCCCUUAACGUCAGCUGAACAUCAUUAACAGCGGCUAUUCAUCACGUUAAACUACACAUAAAGUCAUUGUUUACCGAGUCUAGCAACACUGGAUUAAAACAUGUUGAAUCAUCUGAAGUAGUCCUUUGCGGGAGUUUAUUUGAGGUGAAUAUUUACACGGUUAUGUUGGAUGGAUUGGUCAACAAACAGCUACAUAAAAGAUGAACCGCUGUGAUGGCGUGCUGAUUCAGAGUGUUAUGAGCUCCAUCAGCAGACUGUAUAUCUUAACGCUUUUCUGUGAUCUGUGCUGACUACUAAGUGUGGAUGAUAAAAAAAGAAAGUACUGAGGAAAUACCCUGCAGUUGAAGCUACAUUUAAAAUUAUGUUAAUUAACAACACUAAAAUUAACUUUAAAUCUUCAGAGUGAAAAAAACUCAAUCCAGAUUUACAGUGUCCGUGAUAUUUUUCAGCAACAAGCUCCAAUAAUCAAGACUUCAAUAGAAUUACAGAAGAAAAAAGUACAAAAACAAUACACUGUAAAACCGCAUCGGUAAAAUGUUCUGGUAUACAACAUUACUUAUAGAACUGCACUAAGCUGGAUGGUUAUAUUUUCCCAAGAACACUUUGGAGAUCACUGCAAUAUGUUUACCCCGCUAAAUAGACAUACAAAAGGAGCUAAAUAAUGUUUUCCCAACUUGAAGAGCACUAAAGAGGGGGCUGCACCUUAUUUCUCCACUAGAAAGCCACUUUAAGUGUGAAUGAACACAUGAGAAUACUUCAUAAGAUUUCUCUGCAGAUUUGUUUUUUAAGCACCGGAGGUUGGUGCACUGUGUUUCCUCCAUUGUUUUUCUUUAGAUGAUGAAGGAUACGGCAUUGUGUUUUCUUCACUGGUUUCCUUUAGUGCACUGAAUCAUGUUCACAUAAAGAGGGUGCUGCAUAGGUUUUCUUUACACACUCAGACUGCAUUAUAUUUUCUUCGCCUGAGCAGCACACUUAAGUCCUGGGUACAUUUUUUUCCACUCAAAAAGGCCAUAUAUAGUACUAUGUAUCUCUCUGUUGAAUAUUUUCUCCAGUAAAUGCAUAACUUGUCUAAACAUAUUGGAGGUUACUGCACUCUGUUAUCUCCAAUAUUUUUUUCUGCACCCUUGAGGGUCCUACAUCAUGUUUUUGCCAACAGACAGAAAGACUCACACUUGAGGGUAAUACAUUGUUUUCCCCAUGGCAGCACACUAUAUGAAGCCACUGUACAGGAAUUUUCAUUCCAUUGGAGGGUUACCCAAGGAUUUUUUUAUGACCGAAAGGUUACUCUACAUUAGGGCUGGGCGUUAUGGUGAAAAGUUUAUCACAAUAUAUAAUUUUUCCAUAUCAGUCGAUAUCAGUAUAUAUCACAAUAUAAACAUUUAAAUUUAACAGUGCUUAUUGGUAGCAUGUCUUUUGCAUCACAGUAAGCUACUGCAUCUGUGAGGUCUUUGUGUCUCUUUGACGUUUUGUCAUGAGGCAUUGCGCUAGAGAAAGCAGACUAAAUGGACGCUGUUUUUGGUGUUAAAGUGCUAUGGUUUCAUGUAGCUGCAGCCUGCUGCUAUGCAGUUGUUUGCUACUUGGUUCUAAUUCAGUACAUGAUUGGUUCAGUGCAAAGCAGACCCGAAGAAACUCGCCUUUUCGUUGCCUAUUUGUAUAGACCAAAACAUGGCAGAAUGCCGACAAUCGAAAACAUACUGACCAUGUUUUAUUCUGAUAUUGAGGGAAAUAAAUUUUGAUAUAUUGUUAUCGUUUUAUCACACCAGCCCUACUCUACAUUAAAUCUACUUUAUCUUAAUGAUAUGGCAUUAACUGAGUUACCAUAUGGCACUGUUGCCCCUGUAGUGACCAGGGUCACUCUUACACCCUCAAGGUCAUCAUUGAAGGUACUGGUUGGCUAUAUUAUCAUGUUUUAUCCACCAUAAGAUCACCAGGGAAUGCCAAAUCGUGUUCUUCAUUAGUUUAUUUAAGAAGAAAAUUAUGUUUUUUAAAACUGUGUGUUUGUAUUUCAGCGUCCAGACACUUAAAUCAGAUUACAGUCCCGCCGACUCCAUUCACACUAUAGUGAUAACUGAGGAGGAAACGAAAUGUUAUGAAUAUAACUUCUGUUCCCUGAAGGAGAGGAACGAGGUACAACACAUAUAGUAUGGGAUAUCACGCCCCUGCGUGACCUGACUGAAGACACCUUUAUUCACGCCUUUAAGGCAGAUGAUCUGUGGUGACGUCUGGGAGGCUCCGCCUGCACAUAUAUACGUGUAACACCACAGUCAUCCUUCAGUUCGAUAGCCGCUCUUCACCGAGCUCUGCCGCGCAGCGGGGCAACCCAGUGUUGUACCUCGUUCCUCUCCUUCAGGGAACAGAAGUUAUAUUCAUAACAUUUCGUUCCCUUUCAGUCGAUUCACUCGGUACAACACAUAUAGUAUGGGACAUAUAUACACGCCCCGCAGAGCAGCCACCGAACCGAAGUCAAACCUCCAAAACUUUUAGUGCAUUGUAGACCCAGCAGAAAGGACAGCGUGAGCCACCGAAGGUGCUGUCACAUCCAAACGGUAAAACCGAACAAAAGUGUGCGGUGAUGACCAACUGGCUGCAGUGCAGAUAUCACUCACAGAAACCCCUUUAAACAAGGCCCAAGAGGCCGCCAUUCCCCUGGUUGAAUGUGCCCUCACACCUUGGGGCAACGGGAGACCCCUGCUGCCGUAUGCUAAGGAGAUAGCCUCCACAAUCCAGUGGGAAAGCCGCUGCUUAGACAGCGCCUUGCCCUUGGCUGGAUUAGCAAAACAGACAAACAACUGGUCACAUAAACGCACACUCUGAGUGCGGUCUAUGUAAGUGCGUAGUGCACGCACAGGGCACAAGGAAUGCAACCUCCUCUGCUCCUCAGAUGCAAAUGGAGGGGGGCAGAAGCUCAGCAGUUCAAAACUCAUAGAGCUAUAGGCUGUGGGGAUAAUCUUAGGUAAAUACGCCGCGUUUGGACGCAAUGUAGCCUUAGAUCCAUCUGGAGUGAACUGGGUACAAGAGGGAUGCACAGACAAAGCAUGAAGGUCGCCCACUCGCUUUGCAGACGUCAAAGCAAGUAGCAGUGCAGUCUUGUAUGAAAGAAAUUUCAUGUCUGCUGACUCAAUAGGCUCAAAUGGGGGUCCACCAAGAGCCUCAAGCACCAACCCUAAAUCCCAUGAGGGAACACUGGGUUUAAGAACAGGUCUUAGCCUGCGGACUCCCUUUAGGAAGCGCAUAGCAAGAGGGUGAGCGCCUGGCGUCACACCAUCAAAGCCAACAUGGCAUGCAGAUAUAGCCGCCAAAUAGACCUUAAUUGUUGAGAAAGAGAGACCCUUAUCCAGCAGGUCCUGAAGGAAUGUUAAAACAUCCACAAUAGAACUCUGAAAUGGGAGUACAUUUCGGUCCUGACACCACUGCUCAAACGCCCGCCAUUUAUAGGCAUAUAGGCCCCUAGUAGAUGAUGCCCUUGCACUCUGGAUUGUUGCCACCACAUUUGGGGGCAGACCCUGAGCCAUUAAGUUGGACCUUUCAACAGGUAAGCAUGUAGUUUCCACAGUUCUGGGCGCGGGUGAAUCACCUCUCCUCCCGCCUGGGAGAGGAGGUCCCUGCAAAAAGGGAGCUGCCAGGGCCUCGCUACCAGCAGACUGAUUAUCUCUGCGUACCACGACUUCGCCGGCCAGCGAGGAGCCACCAGGAUCAGGGAGAGCCCCUGCUGGCGCACCCUCUCCAGAAUGGGCAGAAUCAUUUCCACUGGGGGAAAAGCAUAUAGCAGCGUGUUGGGCCAUGGGUGAGCUAGCGCAUCCAUCCCCAGGGGAGCAUUGCAGUCUGUUAUGGAAAAGAACAGGGGGCAAUGAGUAUUUGCUCUGGAGGCAAAAAGAUCUACUUCUGCCUUGCCGAAGCGGUCCCAUAUCUGAGCCACCACUAGUGGGUGCAAUCUCCACUCUCUCACAAGAGGACCCCCCUGGAGAGAAGGUCUGGUCCAAGGUUUAAGUGACCCGGAAUAUGUGUGGCUCUGAGGGACAGAAAAUGAACACUGCACCAUAGCAACAGAUAGUGAGACAGUUUUAACAGGGGAAGAGAGCGUGUCCCUCCCUGCUUGUUUAUGUAAGAAACCACGGUUGUGUUGUCCGUCCUGAUCAGAACAUGAUGGCCUGUCAGAACGGGACGAAAGUGCUUCAGAGCUAAAAGGGUAGCUAGUAGCUCCAGGUAAUUGAUGUGGAGUUUGCAUUGUGCUGGCGUCCACACACCUCUCACUGCUGCGCCCUCGCACAGAGCCCCCCAACCCCUCAGGGAUGCGUCUGUGGACACCACCUUGCGAAAAGACACCCUCCCUAUCGGAGAUCCCUGUUGUAGAAAACCGGGUUCUCUCCACGGGAGAAGAGCCGACAUGCAAGACUGAGUUAUCGUCAGCCUCCUCUGGAGGUGACGCUGCGCGCACAGCCGGUGAGACUGAGUCCAGCGUUGAAACGCUCUCAUUUUUAACAGUCCGAGCGCCACUACAGCGAUCAUAGAUGCCAUCAUGCCUGUCAGCUGUAAAAUCGUCCGGAAACACAGUUUGCGUCCCAACUGAAAUUGUGCAAGGCAGCGGUGAAACGCAGCCACCCUGCGUUCUGACAGACGUGCUCGGCUUGAAACGGAGCAUAUUUCCAGCCCGAGAAAUAAUACCUGUUGACUCGGAGUCAGUGAACUUUUCUGUAAAUUUACUGAAAAGCCCAGUGUUUGGAUGUGCGAUAGGGUCAAUGACAGCUGAGCCGCUGCUCGCUCUCUGGAGCUCGCGAUUAGCACCCAAUCGUCCAGAUAGGCUAAGAUGCGAACACCUUUCUCCCGUAGCGGAGCUAAUGCCGCCUCGACACAUUUGGUGAAUGUUCGGGGGGCGAGUGAUAAGCCGAACGGCAGCACCAGGUAUUCGUAGGCUAUGCCCUCGAAUGCAAACCUUAGAAACUGCCUGUGGUCCGGAUGAAUUGCUACGUGAAAGUAAGCAUCUGUCAGAUCGAUAGUUGUAAACCAAUCUCCCGGUCUGAUCGCGCCCAGUAGCUGUCUGAGUGUUAGCAUCUUGAACCUGUAGGUUCGUAGGUAUUUGUUUAACACUCGCAAGUCUAGGAUAGGACGGAGCCCUCCUCCUUUUUCGGAACAACGAAAUAGCGGCUGUACCAACCUUUGUUCGUUUCCGAAGCGGGAACAACUCGUAUCGCUCUCUUGUUCAACAAGUUGUUUAUUUCUUCCCUCAGCACUGCUGCAGCUUCCUCUGCUACAACUGUGUGUAUUACAGAGUGAAAGCGAGGCGGCCGGACCCUGAACUGUAAGCGGUAGCCGAUGGCAACAGUUCUCUCUACCCACGGUGAGACUGCGCAUGCGCGCCACCGAGAGAGACGAACAGUCAGUCGACUGACCUCCAGUACUGUGGGGGAGGGGUUGUCGCCCCCUAGCGCGCCGGCUGGGAACGGCAACACUUUCUCGCCCAGACUUGAUUGAUUCAUGAUGUUUUGAGAACAAAACGAAACCUUUAUUUGAUUCAAAGAACGUACAUUUGUGACAUUCACACAGUGAACAACAGGCGCCAUUAUUGGGGCAUGUGUAUGUGAGGGGGGGUUGUGCUUGGGAGACUGUGUUAAGGGAGUGCAGCGCCUCUCGGGACCGGACCCCUGAACGAACUUUAAACGCGGCCUCUUUGGCGGCAGAAAAUGAAGGGCGGCAGUGUCUCCGUGCUGCUGGCCCUCUCGAGUCGAUCCCGAAGCUAGGGUGACUGCUGCUUCUUCUUCCUGGGCGCCGAGUCCCUCCGGAAGCUCGGUGGCGGACCCUUGUUCCAAGCCGAAGGGCGUGGGUUCUGACCGGGUACAUAUCGCUUCACCGGCUGGGGCCCCAAGCUGGCGGGCGCUGCAGUCCUCUUAGGGGGAGGCGCUGGUGCCGGUUUGUGCGGAUAACCCUGUUGUUUGGGCCUCGCAUCACGCCUGGGGAUGAUGCUUCUCAAAGCUUCGGUUUGUUUUUUCCUCAGCUCAAACUUAGCUUGAAUGUCGUCGAGGGACUGCCCAAACAAACCGCUGGCCGACACAGGCUCGUCCAGAUAAACCGCUCUGUCCCUCUCCGGAACGUCGGAGAGAGUCAGCCACAGGUGCCUCUGCGCCACCACCGUGGAAGCCAUGCCUCUACCGAGAGACAGCGCUGCACAGCGGGACACACGGAGGAUGUAAUCUGUGGCGACCCUAGCUUCAUUGAGGAGAGGAGUAAGCGGACUGUCAGGAGGCAUACGCGAGCCGAGUUCUGCCAGACACAUAGCUUGAUAUGUCUGAAGCAUAGUGACGGAGCUCAGUGCACGAGCCGUAUUUGCCUGUGUCCUGUAAAUUUUAUCCAGCUGUGACGCUGAAAAUCUACAGUGCUUGGAUGGGAGCGUGAUGGGGCCACCGACACCGUGAUUCUGGGCCGGGGCCAGAUAAGCUGCCAGGGACGCCUCCAUAGGCGGAGGGUUCACCAAUCCAGCUUUUUCAGCUCCAUUUAGAUCCAGAAACUGUCCACAACCGGGCACUGUGGCGCGGGUGGACAGCGGCUUGUUCCAUGUCGAGGUUAGUUCCGCGACAAAAUCCGGGAACAUGGGCAAACUGUUCUUAACAGUCGUCGGUUCGGGUGGGAGAAAAAACCCUGUGAACCGCGACGGUUUUUGAGCUGGAGGAGGAGAGGGCCAUUCUACCUCCAGUUUCUCAGCUGCACGGCGGUACAGUGAGAGGAAGGAUGUGUCGUCCAGAUCAACCGGCGCAGCAGCGGCGGCAUACUGACCCGAAGACAACGGCUCCAGCUCAUCUUCCGAAAAACCCUGCACGUCCAGGCCGAUGUCCAGCACGUCAUCGUCCUCCUGGUAACAAGCUAGCCCGGAUAGCGGCUGGCCAGCGCCCUCGGAGGGGCCCGGCUCAAACCCAGCUGACCCGUCAGCACACUCCACAUGGUCUGCCCAGCUUCCAACUGAGCCUUCGACCAGAAAGUCCUCACCACCGGACUCGGACGAAGCCGGGUCUCUGGACUCGGAGGGGGUCGUGCAGCGCAACAGCGGUUUUUCCAAGAAUUUUCUCCACAAACUUGACCCGCCUUCCCAGGGUUGAGCUCCGAAGCCGGUGACAGGACUCACACGACUCGGGCUCAGUCAACGCCCUCCUGGCGUGGACAAUCCCCAGGCAAUCGGGACAAGCCUCGUGAAGAUCCUUCUCGUGAAGGGAGAAGCCGCACCCCUGAGGACAGGGGCGAACAGAAGACUUCGCCUUCACCUUCAUGGGCUUAGAGCUCAUAACGAGACUCAAAAGCUGAACGAAAUUAGCGCUCCGCGGGUAGCCGUAGGCUAACACCAACAGGGGCAGUUGAGCUAAAGUCGAUCAAGCAGUAGCCAGAGACAAGACCAGGCUAAUUUAGCAGCAGCUAGUUAGCCCGACUCGGUGUAGGUGUUCUCAGCGAGGUGAAGAGCGUAAGAACUGAAGGAUGACUGUGGUGUUACACGUAUAUAUGUGCAGGCGGAGCCUCCCAGACGUCACCACAGAUCAUCUGCCUUAAAGGCGUGAAUAAAGGUGUCUUCAGUCAGGUCACGCAGGGGCGUGAUAUCCCAUACUAUAUGUGUUGUACCGAGUGAAUCGACUGAAAGGGAACACCCCAGCACACACACACACACACACACACACACACACACACACACACACGGAGACGCGUGCACACUCUCGCGCGUUCAGUUUAAGGCGGGGGUGGAGAGGAAACACCGUUACACACACGCGCGCACACACACACAAACACACGCGCGCGCACACACAUACACACGCGCUCACACAUGUAACGGGAGGGAGGGUCUCCGCGCGCUCUGCUCUCUUCAUUGACUUCAUCUCAAACUCAAAUGAACUUUAGUUUUGACUAAUUUCUUCUCUCGUUUUUUCUCACCUUCGGAGUCUGUUACCCACGGAAAACCAGAGCCUCGUGGGCUGCCUGGAGCAGACGGACAGCCCCGGCUCGAGACGCACGAGAGAGUGAGCAACAGGAGGUUCCACGAGCGACUUAGACAGGGAUUUAAGGCUGAUUUUGAAGUGGACCGCGACUCCUUUCUUUCCUCGUUCCUUUAGUCUACAUCUGUCUGAAAGUGACUGGACUCCAAACUAACCUUGGAUAUCUACCUUUGACCCGGGAUAUCUCUUUUUUUUUGACCCGGGAUAUCUGCUGUCUGGACGUUACAGUAAGUUAACACGAUUCUGUGAUAGAUGGACUGAGAAAGCUGCUGAUGGAUAAUGAAAAAAAUAGUCAUUAAAACACUUCUGGGCGUUUUGAAUGGAAUAUCUUUUAUUUUUCUGUCAAACUAGAAAAAAAAUAAUGUUAAAAAAAUUUCACGUUAUUUGUGUUUACACAGAACCCUUAAAUAGACUUAAAAUGUGAUGAUAGAAGGUCUUACUGUUGUCUUCAGGGCAAGAUUUCAUGCUGGGUUGAAAGCAUGACAGGAAAUGGUAUAUGAAAGAAUCACAGUCUGAAUUUACUCCACUUAAUAAUAGUUGGACAUUAUCAAUAAAAGAAAAAGCUGUUUUAAAGAGUGGAAGCGCUUUGAUUUGGGAUUGGAAGAGUGAAAAUAGAUAUAAGAAUUUUAUAUUUGAAACAGUAUAAACUAGUUAUCACUGAGCCAAGUGAAAGGUACAGUAGCCCAAAACUGGCAUACAUCUUAUUUGCUCAGUUGCCCUGGACAACUUCACUAAUGGCUGCACUUGUUAUCUUUACAUAUUUAUCUUGUUUUAAUGAGAUGACAAAGCUUGUUUUCUCAUGAUAACAGAUCUCUGUUAUCAUUAAAAAGCAAGCUUUGUUAUCUCGAGAUAAUGAGAUAAGUCACCACAUGGUAAUGGGGGAAAAAACAGCUCUGUUAAUAACAAGAUAAUGAGUUAAUUCAGUUGAAAUCUCAAGAAAACAAAGUUAACUUGUUCUUAUGGGAAAACAGGGUGAACAAAAAGUAUAUGGUUGUAUGUCUGCAUGGGAGUUUUGUAGCUUGGCCCAGCCCAGUUUGGAUAUCUUAUACAGAGACACUUACACAGGUUGAUAGGCUAUCUAAAUAAGAUAAGAUUCAGACAAGAUAAAGUGUUUAACAGUAUAACAUUUGAUUGGAGGGUGUAUAGAAGCCCAUUUUUGACAUGAGGAAUAUAUAAUCUAAAAUGUGUAUCUUUAGAUAUUCACCUGAAGCUAACAGCUAGUGAGAUGAGCAUAGCAUAGAAUAGAUAAGGGUAAAAAUGAUCUUUGCAUUUUGGAACCAAGGUACACCACACAGCAAACUUCAAAGCAAAUUGAUGCAGACGUGUUUGUUAGUAUUUUUAAAAACUGAAGUAAAAAGGAAACUUCAAGUGUUUGGUGCUCAAGAAUGAGUGCUGUGAGUUGCACUUUUAUGUUGUGAGGUACUUUUGCAAGGCUUGUGGAAGUAACUGAUAUACAAUCAUUUUGUUUUGUUAACUUAAAAUGAGCCUGUCAUAUCAAUAAAGGAGCAGGUCUCUAUCUGCAGAGGACACCAUCUUGUACUGCCAUGUUUCUAGAGUGGCAAAUAUAAGACAAAACAGUGAAAUACACUUUUCUUUGUCUGUAGUUGGUGGCCAAAAUGCAGGGUUGAAGUAUUUAGAGAGAGUUUUGAUAGAAAAAACUUGAUAAAUGGAGGAUCUUACUGUUUAUAUAUCACACGAGCUUCUUGCUCUGGAAGGCCACCAUCAUUUGCAGAACUUCACCAACAGUAGGGGUGAGCAAGGGAGCACUUCAAACUAGAAUCUGACCUCUGGAUGUGGCUAAAUUUUCCUAUUUUUUCACCCUUUAACAAGUGUUCAUAACUUGACAUUCAUGAAUUGCUCUUGCUGAUAUAACUCUGCUAACUGAAUCCCCCUGCCUCUAGUUUUCAUGCUCAGCCAAGUUAACCACCUGCUGGUCUAGACCACUGUGUGAAGAGAGAAUAAUCUGUAAAUAUUUAGGUUGGUUUAUCUUUGAAACGAUAAGAUUCCCUAAAUAAAGUUAUGUAAUCUUUGACAGAUGGAUUUGUAAAAAUGAACAUGUUUACCUCUGUGUUUCACAACAACCUGUUUCUCUUUUGCCUCAUACAUAGCCUGUCCCCCAAGAUGCGUCUGUCAACAGAUAGCAUCUGUGCCCCCUGCAGCCUGAUCCUGGUCCUGGUUCUGGUUUCUCCUGUGGUGGGAUACAAUCUGGAUAAAGAACACAGUCUGGAGUUCAAUGGUCCCUCUUCCUCUAUGUUUGGAUACUCUGUACUAUUGCAUCGCCACGGAGCUCACAAAUGGUCUGCACUUUAUAUUUAUACUGUUUAUCUAAUAUUGAUUAUUUAUCCUCUAUUUGUAUUUUCUGUAUGCUAUUGUCUUUUUACUAAGGCUGCAUUGGUUCAUGGCAAUUACAGUCUUUAUUUAGGUCUUUAUUAUAGAAGUCAUGUGUCUGAUAUAAAACCAUGUUAAACUCUGGAGGACACAAUGAUUAAAGUAAUCCUGAAACAAACUACAUUUUUAGCAUUAGACUGUCUUUGAUGGUAAAACUAGACAUCCACUGCUACAGUUGGGAUAGAUAGAUAGGUAGAUAGAUAGAUAGAUAGAUAGAUAGAUAGAUAGAUAGAUAGAUAGAUAGAUAGAUAGAUAGAUAGAUAGAUAGAUAGAUAGAUAGAUAGAUAGAUAGAUAGAUAGAUUCUGUUUGAGACAUCUUUUAAAUACUGACAAGGAUGUACAUAAUUUAUAUUCUUCAUCUAGUCCAUUCCAUAACUUGACACCAAUAAUAGAAACACAUCUGGAUUUAACAUUUGUUCUUACCUUACUAUAUUCAAAAUGAUCCAAACCUCUUAAAUUAUAAUUACUAACUCUUAGUUUUAAGAAGUUUUUAAGAAGCUGUAGUUAAUAUUGCUGCAGUGUGUGUGUGUGUGUGUGUGUGUGUGUAUGUGUGUGUGUGUGAAUGCUAAUGAGCCAGUCUUGUCAAUGAUAAGAGGCUCUUUGAUGCUUCACACACAGAUGCCAUUCAGACACUGCACAGACACAAAGACAGAUCCUGUCUGAAUGUCUCUCUCUCUAUCUCUCUCUAUCUCACUGUCUGUCUCUCUCUCUCUCUCUCUCUCUCUCUCUCUCAGGUUGGUUGUUGGAGCCCCAGAGGCAAACUCAUCCACCAGACCAUCAGUCCGAUCUCCGGGAGCUCUUUACCGCUGUGACAUCACUGGAGAGCAACGCCACUGUCAUCACAUGCAUGCUGGUGUGUUCCUGUCUGUUUUUUUUUUACUCUGUUCUUCCUCCAGCAUGUUCAACAUUAGCAGCGGAUAAAGUAUGCAACCUAAGCAAUCAUGCAAGGCAAAGCAAAAGUGGUCAACUCUCCUAAUAGUUACUGAGAACAUCCCAAAGGUUAUGUUACAUACAUUAAGGUUUACAGACACACACACACACAUACAGGGUUAGCUUUGAGUCUGUCGGAGGUUUGAUUUCCCAAAGCUGAAGGGAAAAGGAGGGCUUUGUGCAUCAAAACGACUUGCGCAGCUGCACUCUCCGUUGAAAGCUUUCACAGAUGGUGUGAAAGUCCAUUUAAGCUUUACAAAGUAACAUGACAGUAACAUGUCUUGUUCAGAACUCAGCAUCCUUCAUUUCUACUGGAUUGCUGCUGCAGAACCUCUUAAAAAACUAUAAAUACUAACCUCUGUCCCAGUACAGGGCAUCAUCAUCUGGAAAUAAGUUGGAAUAGCUCAUCAAAUAUGCAGGAAAGAUCUUGUAAUUGCAAAUCUGAUCCAUGCUUCUGAAUAGAUGAGUGGAUCUAUUACUCAGGCUAGAUAAACAGAUGAGAAAUCGUCUGUUCACCAUGUUAGCAUCAUCAGAUAUGUUUUUUUUUAAAAGUGGUGAAUAAUCUGUGAGAGCUCUGAAACCUUUGUGAACUGUUGGAUUAAGUUGUGUGUUUGUUUGUAGAUGUACAUGACUGUGGGAAGACGUGUGAAGCAGAGAAUGAUCAUCAGUGGCUGGGAGUCAGUCUUUCCAGACAACCUGGAGACAACGGGGGACUCAUCCUGGUAACACACACUCUUUUUUUCUUUCCCCAUCACACAUACAUACAUUCACGUGCUCUGAAAUAAAACACAACACUUUAGAGUGCCAGAUCUCAUGUUGUUUCUUCCAAUGAUGAUAAAUUAUAGUGAGGAAACUAAAAAGUGUUAUCUAUCUUAGCUUUACCUGAUUAGUAACACAUUAAAAGUGACAUUAAAGACACAGUGAAUUAAAGGUUGUCAAGGAAACACUUGAAGUUGAGAAAAAAAACUGUAGAAACGUCCAUAUACAAAGUCCCUCUCACAGUUUUCACAGGUCACGGGAACUACAACACACUGCCACUAACUUGUGAUUGUGUUAUUGUCAGUAAUAAGCCUGUGUCACAUGUUGUUUUCUGUCGCUCUCUGUGUUUGUGUGUUCAGGCUUGUGCUCACCGCUGGAAGAACGUUUUCUACACAAGGAAAGACAGUCAGAGUAACAAGCUGCCUAAUGGUGUCUGUUAUCGCUAUGGCAAUGACCUGAAACAUGCCCAGCCCAUGAUCCCCUGCUACAGAGGUACACAAACUUUAUAAGAUUACAGGUUCAGUUUUUUGUUGGGGUUUUAAAAAUCAUAUUUGUUUGUUAACUUUUGUUUUCUUUGUAUUUACUUUGACUCUGAAGUUUUUAGAUAUAAAUACAGUUUCUCCAAACCUUUGUUACAAAAAUAAAAACCCUCUCUAUUUUAAUUUAGCCACUUCUGUCUUUAGACUUGUCAAAGAGGCCUCACUUCAGGGGCCUGUGUGUGAAAGCUGCAGCUGUUUGGCUCUUAUCUCCUUAUUUAUUUGUUCGCCUUCACCCCUCAACAUGUAUAUUUGUUUCUGUCUGUGUUAUUCAGACCACCAGAGGAAGUUUGGUGAAAAUUACGGGUCAUGUCAAGCCGGCAUUUCCAACUUCCAGACAGAGGUCAGUAACACACAACAUCUCGACUCCUUCAAAUUCUUUUCAGUCUUGACUCUUUUUUUUUUACAAAUGGACUGAAUGUUAUCCAUCACCGGUGUCUUAUAUAGCCAUGGAACUACAAAAUCUCAAACACGUGCAAGCCAUCUGCUGUUUUCUGGCGUUCCUCUUUAUUCUGUUGUGAUACAGAAAAUUCCCUUCCCCUUUCUCAAGAGGAAAACAGAGUUACAGUCAGUUUCCUGUGCCAAAUGAUAAAACUAACCAAAAAAAUCAUACUUGAGUGAUGUUUUUUUAUUGAGAGACAUUCUGUGAAAAGAUUAGGGUAUCAAAAUCACGAACACACAUUUAGGUUACACCGUUUGAUGAUUCCAUUUCAGGACUUAGACUCUGUUUGUCUUCUGUUUUAGUUGUGAUGUUUUAGCCUUGUUCUGUAAAGUACUUAGGCUGCAUGAUUGUAUCAAGGAUACUUAACAAGUUGACAAGUCUCUCUUUUUUUUCCAGAAUCUGGUCAUCAUGGGAGCACCAGGGACGUCCUUCUGGAAAGGUUCAGUUCUGGUUUUUAACACAUCCAGUGGAGGCAUGUCAGUGUACCUCGAUGAGCGUGGAGCUGUUACCUAUGGAAGCUACCUUGGUAAAUGAUACACCUGCACUUCCAGCAUUAAUGUGUCGUAAUGCUAAAUUACUAGAGUGAACAGGAAACACUUACUCCUGAAGGUCUUAAUGAAGGUCUCUUAUUGGCAAACCUUUAAUGGUUAAGAUCUAAACCCUACCAUUGAAAACCACCAACAACCUCAAGUGUGAAAACUAGUGUCAUAAAUGUUGACGAAAAAUAAAAUUUGGGAGGUUUUGCAGAUAAUGAUAAUUCACAAUAUUUUGCAUCCGUCAAAUAUGGUGUUUAAAUGAAGUCUUUUGAAGGUCUUACAUCGUUCUCCUGAAUCUUUUCAUAGUCUUUCUGCUCUGUGCAGGGGUGUAGUUGCAGAUGUUAAAGCAAACUAGUUGUCGAGUUGUAUUUAACAGUAACCACUUAAGUUUGUAGAUCACCAUCCAUCUUUUUAGAGCCAUACCAACUUCAUGAAAGUCAGGAUUAGUACUUAUAUCUAAGGAUAUUAUUCCAGUGGCUGGUGGUGUUUGUGUUUUGUCUCCUUGCAUUGUUUGCUCACUCACUCUAAACUUCAACCAUUCAGGCAGCUACGCUGAUUCAGCCUCUGUUGAUGUGUGAACACUAUAUGCGAUCUAUAUGUUGAUCAAUACGCUUGAUUAUUGUGGAUGUGUCUGGACUCUUAAGGCAUAUUUUGAUUAGCUUUCAAAAAAUCAGAGUGACAAACCCGAUAUUGUUGUUUACAGUAAGAAUAGAGUCCUAGAUGAUGUACUGUAUUGCAGACCCCAUGUGGGAAUGUGAAAGCAGAAGUACAAACAGAGCUCGCCUUCUUGAGGGUAGCCUCAAAAACCAAGGAAACCCAGUUAGAGUCAAAACCAAAACGAUAAUUUUCAGUAGUGUUAACAUUUUAACGGCCUCAUGCAACAGACAGUUUUGGUCUGAAUAGCUUGUAGCAGUGGUGAAGGGAAUGGCUUGUUACAACUUAUCUGUCUUGGACUUAGAGUUAUGCAUAUUUAGGCAGUAUGAGGAGCAGAGCUUUGCUGACUGUUUGUCAGGAGGUAAGGCUACGCUCCUCUUCACCCCUUUGGAAAAAUUAACACAUAAAGUCCUUUAUCCAACUUAAGCUGCUACAAUGACUGCUACUGUACUAAAGAAACCAUAUUAAACCAAUAUGUAGGGCUUAAAAGCUUUAAUUUCAACAGAUUCUACUUAAAACACAAACACUAUCUAUGUACACUGAACACUUUUUGACUGGUAAAACAUUCAACAGCAGUACACUUUUCUCACUGGAAAUACUUAAACAAUUGACAAAAAAGCAAAUUGACAUCCAGUGUCAUUCCAGGAAAACUCCAUUUGGAUGUUUAUUUUUUCUGUUAAGUAGUUUUAGUUCAACACAGACAUUUAUUUAACAUUUAUUGUCUGCUGUGAAUAUUAACUUGACUUGCAAAUUUGUUUUUUUUGGCUGUCGAUAAGUCAGCAAACCCUGACACCCGACCACACAGGAUGCUAUUUUGCAUGUUUCGUGGGAUGUGAUAAACGUGUAUUUUUUCUUAAUGGCACGUGAAAGUACAUUGGUUGUGUAUUUGGCUCUGAGACACGCAAAGACAGCCCAAGGGUCACAGCAGCACCGGGAGUGAAAUGCUUCUUGUGAACUGACAGCUGUGUGAAACCAAGCUUCAUGUGAGAGUUUUUACACACUCCGUAAUCACACAAAAUAUUUCAAAGAAGUUACAUUUUAGGAGAAUUGGUAUAGCUUGUUGCAAAGUUAGGUAUUUAGCUGGAACCUUUUCGUUCACAACUUUGUCAAUUUAUACUGUUGUGCUCAACAGACACUGAAUAUCUUUUAUUUCUAGCUUUUACUUCACAAGACCCAGGAUAAUUGUUUUAGCAAAACAAUUUAAUUCAAAACUUGAAUAAAUGUCCUGGGCUGAAUUUUUCUGUUUCAAUAAUAGAUUUAAAAUCAUAUUUUUGUUGUUUAAGCUUUUAAUUUUAAUCAUGCCAGUUGUAAGGCAUUUCUGCAAUCUCUUUUUUAUACAAAUCACAGUACACAUGACUCUGUUUGUGGCCAAAACUUUAACAAAUAUCUAGAAUUCAUGUCCUCUGCUAUGAACAUGCACUACAGGAGCGGUUAUGAACCAAGCAGCAGAACUACACAGAACAGCAGCUGCAUGCUGAAGCUCAUUGUGUUAAUUCUGAGAAGUUUCUUGAAAGCGUGUAAACAUGAAAGCACUGAGUGUUCUGACUUGCAGUGACAUUAAACCUCUUAGCAACGUUACCUUACAUAAAAAAAAACAGGAAGUUGGGCCAAAAGGUUUGAUGUACUCUAGAUGAAGGUGCUUCUUUUGCUGUAACUUGGUGUGAAGAGUUUUUCCCAUAGCAUCUGAAAAAAAGCGCACAGAGACUGAAAAGUGGCGAUAACACCGACACACAGCUCUAGCGGUUGACGAUUGGCUCGAUCCACAAACUCUUGAUUUUUUUUUGUCAGUUCUGACGUAAGUGAUAACUUUGAGGGUGUGUGGUCUCCGCUGACAGCAGCAGCUUUAUGUGUACCUGAUUGCAUGCUUUGCAUUGCAUACAUGUGUUUAUCUCAGAUAAAGGGAAGUACGGCAUCAUGUUUGAGGUUUGGUUUGAACACAUAGAUACACAACAACGAACAUUCUCAUUCGCCACAACCACUACAUGUCAAACCUUAAUCUCAACCAAAAACCAAGUCCAAUGCCUUCAUGGUUAGCUUCUUAAGUUAAGUCAGAUGUUUAGACUUUCCUUUCAAAUCUUAUUUGACAUUUUCUGUUUGCUGUGUUUGAUCAUUUCUACUUGUUAAACUAGAUUUAGAUGAAAGAAGAUAAAAACGUUGGUUAAAAAAAAAGGAUUUAUCUUUAACUUUUACGUCUGCUCUCACAGAUAAAAACAGUUCUAAGAAAUAUUACUGGAUUAAAGUGAUUCUGCUCACUUGAGAAUAAAAACCUUGAUAUUUAAUAUCCUGUUGUUGUUAUUAAUGAGACAAAAGCAGAGCAACCAGAGGUACGCAAACGGACCAUCAGAAACCUUUACAAAGUGGUGCUUUUUGGGUUUUAGACCAAUGUUAAAGAAGUGACACAUGCAUGUCACGCCAGUCUUUUAAAACAUGAUACCUUUCUCAUUUUUGUUCUGUAGAUGAAUAGUUUGCACAAUUUCAAAAUGAAAGAAACAGCGUUUGCAAUCUUAUUGCUAAAAGGAGCAACAUGAGUUUUAUCAACCACUUUUUGUUUCAUUGUUAGAUCGUUUCAUUGGUUUCAGUUUUUUUCCAUUAAGUACACUAAACCUAAAAGUAGUUUACAAGGAGAAGUGUGUGGUUUCAAUUCUGUAUGCCGCUUUUAUGAAGCAAUGAGUGCUUUGUUAUUUCAUGACGCAGCUUUCAUAGAACGAUGUGCCUGCUGGUGAUAUUCACCCAGUGAAGUGAAAAAAACUCAAGCAGCUUAUUGACUUGACUAGGGUGGGAUGUUUUUAAUGUUGUCUUUAUUUGGUAGGUUACAUACUUUCAGUUGCCAAUAUUUUUAACCACAAUUCUCACACUGAUGUUUCUGUUUGAUGACACUUGUCUGGUGUGUGUCAAGAGAUUCAACUGCUUUUCUUUCUGUGUUGCAGUAAUCAGCAUUAUCAGUGUACAUGUUUGGUUUGUUUAUCAUGUAAAAGAUUCUGGUGUCAGGACAAGUGGUAAUUCUGCAUUACACAAACCUCCUCGUCAUGUGAACCACACACUUUAGGAACUACUGGCUAAGAAGUCGGUGGGUGUAAAACAGAACAUGUGGUUAAACAGGGUGACUUUUCACUAUUUCUUUCAAGCACAUUUCCUCAUUUCAACACAAGCGGGGUCUAAGCGCCCACGUGAGUGAUUCUUGACAAACUUGUGCAGCUGUUGAACAGAGCUGGGUGAACGGUUGUUAGAGCAAACCCUUAAGAUGAAAAUAAAAACUUAGAAAAGGAAGAAAAACAAAAUGUCCCUAAACGAGACCCUGAUGAUGUUCUAAAUGUUUAAAGGAAGCACAAUAGUUUUAUGUAGGUCUGGUUUCCUCAGGAGACAAAUGUUUACCCUGAAGGCUGGUUGUCCACUGUUGUUGACAUUGUGCUAACAUUUAAAAAUGUGAGUAAAAGACCUGUGAUUAAAAAUCUACUUCAGUGUUAUUAUAGGUCAUACUUUCAAAGUAAAAGUGUAGUGUCGCUUCAAAAUGCUCCAUUAAGAGUGUUUCUUAAAUUGUUUUCAUUCUUUGGCCUUCACUAAUUUUUAACAGAGACAUCUGAGGAAACGUUGAAAUGUUAACAACUUUCAGGAAAUUCAAGCAAAAGACCCUUUCUAAACAGUUUAAGAUAAACUGCGUCAUUCAUUGACAAAGUGCCACUCUACAUGUUUAACUCUACGAUAUUAAAUCUUAGUCUUAAUCCAAUCAUUGUCCCAUAAUUCUGAUAUGAUAAAUCGAUGUAUUCUUGAAAAACACUUGACUACAGCAACAUUUCUUCAAUAUGACUUUAUUUAAGAUUUGGAUAAUUUGUUCACUGGUUAAUUUUCUGAUCAUGUGUCCUGUUCAGGUUACUCUGUCGGAGCUGGUAACUUCCUUAGUCCUGGUUCUUUGGAGGUGGUUGGUGGAGCUCCACAAUACAACCAAAAGGGCAAAGUAGGUCUCCCCAGCACUUUAUACCUGUCUAUCUGUGUCUGUCUAUUUAUUUUUUCCUUUACAUAAAUUCUAAAAGUUGUUGGUGUCUUUGUGUUGUGCAGGUCUUCAUCUUCACAAUCGUUGGAAACAUGCUGCAGGUCGUCUCUGACUUGUCUGGAAAAGAGGUAGGGGGUCAUUUUACAACCGCGUCCUCCAUUCAACACAACGCAAUGCUUGAUACGUGACAUUGAGGUAAUUGUUUGUGUUUUUGUGUAGCUGGGAUCUUACUUCGGAUCCAGUUUGUGUGCUGUGGACCUGAACGCUGAUGGUUUGUCUGAUCUGUUGGUUGGCGCUCCAAUGGCCACAGGUGUCACCAGGGAGGAGGGGAGAGUCCAUGUGUACAUCAACCGGGGGCAGGUGAGAAACACUAAAAACACAAAAAGACACAAAAUUAUGACACAAAACAAAAUCUGUGGAGCCAAUAGGAUAGACAGAGAAAUCAGGUUUGUGUGUCUCUUUUCAAAUCUUCAAAUGCUACUACUCUACUGUAUUACACAGCCAUGUAUGCUGUUUCUGCAGAUGAAAAAUUUCUCUGUAUUACUCAUGUAAGCAUCUAAAAUGUCCGUAUCUGUUUUCUCAUUCACUCACUCUGGCUCAGGCAAAUCUGGUGGAGGCGGAGUUUCAGCUGACUGGCAGAGACGCCUACGCAGCCCGAUUUGGAGAGACCAUCGCUAACCUGGGAGACCUGGACGAUGACGGUUACCCUGGUAAUGACCUCGUCUUGCUACCCUGAGCAAAUACUGUACCUACUGUAGUGCUGUUACUAUCAGUCCUGCUCUGCAAAGACUGUAUUUUCUACAAUUUCUGAAUUAUAAAGCCUGAAAUUUGCUGAAAACCAUGAGGUGCUCAAAGCUAAAUUGUGGAAAAAAUUGUAGAAGAUAUAAAGGAAGUGAAUAUAACAUUAACAGUUGAAAAGAUAAUGAACAUUUUAAAGCAAAAAUGAGGUCUGUAGGUGAAAGUAUGCUGAAGUUAUAAGGCUUAGAAGGUGGAAGAGUAAAAGGAAGAAUUGGAAGAUUUCCCCAUUGAUUUCAAUGUUAAAAAUUUUGGCACAAAAAGUUAAAAAUAACAAAAAGCACAAAAGGUAGAAAGGUAAAAAAUACAACUUCCAUUCGUUAUGUUAUUGUAAACAAACAUGGACUUCUUCUACUGUGAAUUCUAGUGAUACUGCUUUAAACACUACUGCUGCUAGUGUCCUUGAACAUUUUCAAUAACUAAAUCAUGAAGCCCAAAGUACUGCUACACUGUUUUUUUUUUACUUUUUACAAGUCUAUUUAAAAUGCUGCUGCUGCUGAAAUUACUUUUCAUUCUAAAAGUACUAAUCAAACUACCUCUCCUUCCAAUAAUUUUAAAACUACUGUCAAAAUUAAUACUAUUUUACUUGACUUACCUAUUACUGAAAAAGUUUUUUAUCAUUACAAAAAAAAUGCUACAGCAAAAUUCAUUUGCCUUUGUUGCUUAAAAUGCAGCUGAGACCAUCAAUGUCCUCCUCCCAUAGUGUGAAUAACUACACCCUCCUCUGCCACUUUACACUUCGACUUGCACUACUUCAGUAGCAGAGGCGGUGGUCCUCUCUAAAGUUUCAUGUCGGGAUCAGCUGGGAUUAAUUUUCUUGCUCGAGGGCUCUCCAACAGCAGUAAUUAAGCACAUUAUGAUCCAGUGACUCACAAAAUAGUUAAGAUACUACAACAAUACUGCAUUUACUGCAAUUACUGCUACGGCGCUAAACGGUCAAAAACACACGUUUGUGUAUUUGAGAUAUUUUCUCAUCCUGGGGUCUCAUCCCACCCACCAACAGCAGUAACUGCCACUUCCUGAUAACGCAAGACACACACAAACUGACUUUAACACAUUGCUUUUAAACACACAUGCAGACCCCGCACCAUCUGUGUGUGUGUGAAGGGGAAGUGUGUCAUUAAGUUCAUUAAAACUGUAAUGACAAACUGUUGCUGCUCUGCAUCUGAACCUGCCUUCUAAUCUGCCACAGCAGUAUAAAUGGGUGUGUGUGUGUGUGUGUGUGUGUGUGUGUGUGUGUGUGUGUGUGUGUGUGUGUGGGAGUGUGUGUGUGUGUGUGGGAGUCGCUCGCUCUUUGAAAAAAACAAAAAAAACGGUUUGACUUGGCGACCCUCACAUCUUCAAAGGACUCAGGUUAAAUAUUAAAGGACCAUGCUGUAGUUUUCUCAUGUUUAUGUGCUAAUCCCAAAUUCUUUCAUCCUGUUGAACUUUUAGAAAAGUUAAGGUCAGGUGUCAGUGUCUCCCUCUGUUAAUGCUCACUCUGAAAUUUUGACCUGACCCUCAGAGGUUAAAAAAUACAAUCAAUAUUAAAGUCUUUAGAAGUUUUAUAUACAAUAUGUGACCCAAAUUAAGAUGCUUGCUGGUUAAUCUACGGAGGCAGUAAGAGUUCUCACAAAUACUUCAAUAUAAACUCUUCUUUAUGUUUGUGUUGAUGUACUUGUGUACCAGUCUUAAAAGGGACUUGGGUGUUGUUACCGAUGGGGGACUAGCUGACUAACAGGACUAUUAAGGAUCCACUUCUUUCUAUGGCUUUAAAUCAUCCUAAAAUCAUGUGAAGACCAGUCUGGUUAUAUUUCUUUUGAAAAUUAUUUUACAAUGUGUGUUUGUUUGUGUGUUUGUGUAGAUGUGGCAGUUGGUGCCCCACAGGAAGACGAACUAAAGGGAGCUGUGUACAUCUACAAUGGUAGAAAGGACGGUAUUUCACCAUCGCCCUCACAGGUACAAAUAAACCAAAUUCAAAGACUUUUUUUUUUUUUUUUUUUUUUGCUGCGAAUUUUGUUUCCCAAAAGCAUCAGUGCAAAAACAAAACAUAACUAGACAACAUACUCCUUUAAAAAAUAAACCUUUCUAAUGCCACCAAUAAGAAGAGGUUGGUUCAUGAAUAAGGACAGUCGGUCAUUCGUCAAGCACCUGGACUAGCUCAGGUGAGACCGAUAGAGGUGGACACAAAGCUUGAUAUGUCACAUUUGAUAUGACCACAAGACCCUUUUAAAAAUGUUAAAACAUAUUUCUUCACAAAUGAUUUACAUUAUGUUGGUGUAUAAAACUUGUACAUCUCUCUGUUUACAAUCAUUGACAUCAUAUCAGUGUCAGAAAGGAGCCAACUGUACGACAACUCUAAAAGGUUUAGGGAACAACAUUUAAGUUCAUAAAGCAAGGAUAUGAAAUGUAUUCAGCAAAAUUUUAGUUUUACAUUUCUUUAAAUUAACAUUCACACAGUGGUCUAAUGUUCUGAUGAAAAAGAAAUAGGCUAUCUAAGGCUACAGUAAUACAGGCUGCUGAAGAGUCGCCUCUUUAUGAUAUGAGAGCAAACGUUGUGGAAAGCUGAUGCCUCCAGAUAUACACAUGUCCUCCUAAUCUGACAUAAUGUAUUUGUUUUCAGAGAAUUACUGGGUCCACCCUGGGCCGUGACCUGAGGAUGUUUGGUCAGUCACUCAGCUCUGGCAUUGACAUCGAUGAUAACGGAUACCAGGGUAUACUAACAGCUCACAAGAACACUUUUAUCAUUACCACAAUGUAAAUAUCUGUGAAGCUGGAUUUAAACUAGGGGUCAACUCUCUGUGUCUCUGUAGAUGUGGCCAUCGGUGCCUUCCUCUCAGACUCAGCUGUCGUUCUCAGGUAAAUUCCUAACAGGACUUGGUUCUUACUCCUUUUGGUGUGUAAAGAAAAUUAAAGACUCGGUCAAACAACACUUCUUUUAAUUGGAUGUACAAAAGUUGGCAUAAAUAUAAAAGUCAUCCUUUUAAAACUGUGAUCAUGUCAUUGUAAAUACAUUAUAUCCUGCUCAGCAUGAUUUCUUUUAAUGUAUUCUUGGUGCUUUAGGACCCGCCCAGUGAUUCAGGUGAAAGCGUCCCUUGUUCUGCCAGAGCAGAUUGACCAGCGGGUGGCGCUGUGCCAAGAACACAGGACUCCCACUGUCUGCCUCAAUGUUACCAUCUGCUUCAGUGUCAAGUCGAGACACUACAGAGGAGCGAUAGGUACAGUUAACUGAACCGUUACGUAUGAGCAGUAAAAUUGGCUUUCUCAUUUUACCCAACUGCAAAUUUUCUGGAUAACAUCGUCACUGAAAGACUUCUAUGCAGCGGAUAUGCUAGUAAUGAACCAGAUUUGUGUAAUCUAUAAUCUGUAAACCCAUAAAUUGUUUGGCUAAGAUAGACAGGCAGUGAUUACUGAAGUAUGAUCGGUCCAUUACUGUUUGCUAAACAAACAGUCAAACUGUUCAGAGAAUAUGAACUUACUGUCAUCAAAGAUUUUUCUUUGUCACUUUUCUUUCCAGAUCUUCAGUAUAACUUGACCUCUGACCUCCUCCACAAACCAUCCUUCCCUCAUCGAUUUUAUUUCCACGGCAACGGGUCAUCCAACAGCACAAGGGGGCGUGUGAGAGCACGACAAGGCCAAGUCACAUGUGCAACCCAUGUGGCUUACCAAAGGGUAACAUACUAACAUAAGCAAAAAACAUAAAGUGACUAACUUAGAUAUUGAUUGAAUAAUAUUAUGUGAACAGCAGACUGGACUGGAUGUAGUUUUGCUUACAGUCUUCCUCUCUUGUUCCUGUUUUUCUCAUCCCACAGAAAGACGUGAGGGAUAUUUUCACUCCCGUCCAGUUUAAGGUUUCUUACAGUCACAGAGAAGCAAGCUCCCACAGAUCCUCCUCAAGAACCUUCCCUCCUCUGAAACCCAUUCUGCAGCAGAGUGCAGGACACAAGAACACGAUCACCAACCAGGUACCAACCACUGCAAACAUCAGUUAUCGUCAAAAGCUAAUUAACAGACCAUAACCCCCAUACAGGAUACAGGGAGACUGUAUGAAAAUCAGUGGUUGGAAGUUGAACGUGAUCUCUUUUUUUAGCUGGGCCAACAACUUUUAAGGCAAAAUUAUGAACGCACGUCAUAGUAAAGAUUUAUCAUAAAAAAGGUGAUUUCCCAACAACAAAAUAGUGGCUAAUGAAAAUUCUAAUUGGCAAGUAUUUUUGGAAAACCACAUAGCCACAGUGGCUGGUGAGCAAAAUAGCUGUCGAGCCCUGGCUACUACUAACAUGCUAUGACUGGUUUAGCUCAAACUAUAGAUCAGGCCUGGUUUAUGCCAACAAAGAACAACCUAUCAAGCUAAAUCUUGAGACUAUCAUUUUGCCCGGUCCAAGACAUCGUGUCUCAGUUUAAUCAUAAUUUUCAACUGUACGGCUACAUCAACAAACAGUUUCUUAAAUCCUGUCAUCUAUCUUUAGUUCAGAUCAGCACGACUCACAUUGAGGGAAAAAAACCUGAAACUUUUAAACACAUUAAAUUACUGACACUGUUCUGACUCUUCUUUGGGAGUUACUGUGAUUUAAUUCUGGCCCACAGUUAGCCUUUAAUUUGACUUUGAAUUAUGUUUUUGUACUUCAUAGACAGCUUUGUUCCAGCCUUCACCAAAGCAAAAAGUGAUAUUUUAAAUAACAAUAACAAAUUAAAUUUAAAAGACCCUCCAACUUUCCUUUGACAGGCUGUCGUGUUUUACAGAAAAUGAAAUAACCGCUUUGGUGUCAGAUUCACCACACACACUGCUGGUGACUUCCUGCUAAUCCAGAUGUGUUUACAGCUGGAACAUAUCAUCUGCAACACGCUAACCAACAUCAGUCAGCUCAUCCUGCGCUCGCACAAUGUCCCACUGACUCAUAAAUACAAUACACGAAGAGUUAACAUGUAGGAAUUUACAGCUGGAGUUAUUCACCCCGACAUGAUUCACAAUCCCUGGGAGUAAGGUCAGAGGUCAGGGGGAUUCGUCUGGAAACUCCUCUGUGUUGAAAAUUAUGACUAAUCAGUUUGUUCUUUUUAUUAUUGACAUCAUCAGUGAUCUUUGACUUUCUCUCUUUCUCCUUCAGACGUGGUUUUCCCGUUCCUGUUCUCAAGUGAACUGUUCGACCAACAUGCAGCUGUCUGCUGAGCUAGUGCUGCCACAGUAAGAGCACACACAAACACACAACCAAAAGCAUCAAAACACAUCUCACAGCGGUGUUAACUUUGUCUGAAUUUUGCUUUGUACAAGAUAAGUCAGUUCUCAAAGAGUUACUCUCAGAUUUGAAGCUGUGAGCCCACAGAGAGGCCAGCACAUGGUGUUCAUUAGCUGCUGGCUAAUUGACGAGGAUUUAUUUAGAUCAGAAUCUUUGAUCUUGGCUUUGGCUGGAAUCUGCUUUUAGGGCUGUGCGAGAUGCAAAACCUUUUUUUAAAGGAUAUGAUUAGCACCAUGUGUUUGCCUCUUGGGCUUAUUCCUGUUGAAAACAGAUAAAAAUGUCAGAGUGGUGUUGAUAUCGCCAUUAAAUCUUGUCAGAUAAAUACUAAAUGGAUUUCAACAUUGUUCUUAACAAUGCUAUUUCUCUAAACUGAACACUCCUGAUGAGCUUUUAACUGGUUAUUAAACAAAUCCUUAUUUAAUACCUUUGCAUCUCUAUCCCUGGCAAAAGCAAACUAACCUAUCAGUGAUUAAUUUGUGUUUUUAAGUUUGUGACGAAAUCAGAAAAGAGAUUAAGAUGUUGAAAAGCAUUUUAAAACUUGAACAGAUUUGUUGUCCAGAUGUAAAAAAGAGUUUCCAAAUGUUCAUGUCAUUGUUCGUCAUCAGUCAGCAUCAGUACUUCGCUCUGGGCUCUGGAGAGACCAUCCUGUUGAAAACUUCACUUCUCAACUCUGGUGAUGAUGCCUUCUUGCCACGAGUGACGCUGCGGUUUCCCGACAACAUCCACUACAUUAAAAUCCUGCACAAUGUGAGUCAACAUCAUUGUCUGGAGAUCUGGAAAACUGACUGUGUUGCUUUUCUUGUUAUUUGAUUGUUAACAGCUGAGGUUAUUAAUCACAAAUGUGGUUUAGUACUGAGGACAAAUAGUUCAUAAAUCAGAGUAGCCAUGAUUAUUUGUUUGUUUGUGUAUACAGGAGGACAACAGCAUUGGUUGUGAUGUGACACAGGAGGAAAACAGUACAACAGUCAGUGUUGAUUGUGGCGUUACAAGCCUCCACCUCACUGCCAACUCCAGGGUAAGCUGUAGUUAAUAGACUCACAUCUUUUGCAAAUAAAAUAUAACAGCUCUGCAACAACAAACAACAACCAGUUUCCCUGAUAACUUGGACGAGUCUACAGCUUCUUCUCCUUCUUCUUCUUCUUCUUUUGUAGUACAUACCACAUGUAUUGACCAGGAUGAUCAAAAUAGAUUAAAAAAAAGAAUGACAUGAAUAAAAGUAAACCAGACAUUUGAAGACUGCAUGUAGAAGAGAAAAAAUCAGGUUCACCUCUUUUACCAUUUUUAACACCAACAGCUAAAAUACAUCACAUUGGUAUUUGUGUCAGAGGAGGCUAAAUCUUACUGAAUGUACUUUGUCUUACAAUUGCGUGUUACAGUUGUAUAUUGAGUGAGAAAAGUCAUUCAAACUUACACUUGUUAUAUUUUUUAUGUUGCUCAAAAAUCAGUCUGAAUCUAUAAUGUGACCCUGGUUGGAUUACAGUUAAGUUUAACUGUCAGAGGAUGUGGAUUAUUUACAACCGAACACUAAACCUAACCACACUUUCUCUAAGUGGAAACACACACAUGAAGAAGAAAAGACAAAAACACAUCACAAACUUCCUGUUUUUGGUUGACUUCAUGGUUGAAGCUCAGUUCAUGCAAAUUCUUCCACAUUGAUGCGGUCCUCUGAGUCAUUAAUAUUCUGAUUGAAUAUUUUGGAAGUGUAGGGUCUUCCUUACAGUCACAGUUAUGCAUUCGACCUUUAUAAGAGACUAAUGACAAAAUAAUACAAAGAGCCGUUCAGAUCGGUUACUUAUUCUCACAAUACUGGUGAUGAUACUGUUUAAAGUUAUUGUGUUAUAUCGGGAAUGCACUUUCAAGUCUAUCUGUGUACUCAUCAAAAUAGAUUUCUAUAUUUGCUCCUCCUCACUCUUUUCUUGACCGCUCUAAGUGUAGAGGUCAAAGGUCAGAUCCGCUCAGUCUUCAUCCUCUCUAGUUUUGUCUCAUCAGCAGAUACUAUCUGUGUUUCCUUUUUUUCACUACCUUUUUUCUCAGUACAAUCUUUUUCAAAAAGUGCUGCAACAUGAAGGUUCCCACCACAAAAAGCACAUUGAAGAGGAACUUACUAAGAUGCAGACUGGUGUACUUUCAUGUGAACACAAUUCACUUAAUAGAGUGGAAUAAAAAAUAAGGAAACGAAAACCAUUUGAAACCUCUGAUUUUCAUUUUAAUUUGUAUUUUUUUUUUAGUUGAAUAUCAGCUUCCUGUUAGAUGUCAGCCAGAACAGCACACCUGGGGACAUCGUCAUUCACGCCAACAGCAGCAGGUGAGGACACACACACCACACUCUCACAACUCCAGAGGUCUAAACAUGCGUUAGAUCAUGAGUGAUCCAGCUGAACCUUCAACUGACUUUUUCAUUCAAGAUUUGAAGACUAAAGUUGAUCUUUAUAGUUAAAUUAAUGUCUGAGUAAAAGAUGUAAAAAUACAACUUUGUGCAUUAAAUCAUUUUUUCUUUUCAGUGAUAACUUUGAGAGAGAAGAGUAUCUCCAGGACAACUCUCUCAGUCUCCUCCUCCCUUUGAAGUAUGAGGUCAAUGUCAACAUCCACGGGUAAGUCAGCACAUGCAAAGAAAACUAACUUUACAUAUAAAUCUGUAUAAAAUCAAAGUGUUUUACACAAGUCAGCAGACAAUAAAAUAUUCAAGUCAUAAAAACAAUCUUUAUUUCCAGUGCGGUGGAAGUUUAAAGGAAAUAAAGCUCAUUAACUUUAACCCUAAUUCAUCAUUUUCAAGUUUAAUUUCAAAGUCUUGAGAUGGAAAAUGAAAUGACAGAUUCGUCACUCUGCUGUUAAGUUUGAUUAAGAGUAACAUUUAUUUGUGUGUCUGCAGUUUCGUGACUCCAACCUCAUUUGUGUUUGCUGAUGAAGAUGUGACUCCAGUUGACUGCUACCCCGAGAGAUUCAACUACACAUACAAGGUCGACAUCAGGCUGGUUCAGAAAAUCCUUGCAGGGUUUAGAUUGUUGAUUCCAGGCAGAGCAGUCAAACACAGGGUCAACAUACUUGUAAAUAUUGAACUAUCACAUUUAUUUGUCUGUUUUGUUUUUAAUCUGUUCCUUUUUUUCUGUGUGCAGGUGUUGAACACGGGUCCCAGCAGGUCUGUAGACACUGUUGUUGAAAUCACAUUACCAAAGAUCCUCACACCUUACCGACACAGACUCCUGCGGGUGGUUGAAUGGCAGGUGAGUCUUAGUUCAGCAAAAUUAGUCAAGAAUUAAAAGUCGUGGUUUUAAAAAAAGCGGAUUAUCAUGAUUUCUGUUUGUUCUUUGUCUCUGCAGACGUCUGUCGGUGUGUGUACACUUAGUGACACGACCGUCUCAGUCAUUGAAGACUGUGAGGUCCCUGAAGCGUCCUACAUCAAACAGAUCGUCUUCUUCUUCUCCUCAACAUCCCACCGCAGAAUGGUAAAAACAAACCUCCACACAAAGGAAAAUAGACGGUUAAAUUCCUUGUGCAUGACUGAAAACAGUGACUUUUAUUAUGAAGUGAAGGGAAAUGUCAACAGUUGUGUCCUUACAGCUAAAGGCAGAGUAAGGUUGAUAUGCAGAGCUUUUCCUCAUUUCAAAGAAAAUAGUGAUGAUACAGACAGGACAUUGCAGAGAGGAAGACACACUCAAAGUGAUAAAAAGUUCUUAGAAAAGUUUAUAGUUAAAGAUCUGCUGAAGCUUUAGGCCACAAAAGAUUAAAAUGAUGAAAUCACUUACAGUGGAUGAACUUGAAAUCUUUUUCUGUGUGUGUGUGUGUGUGUGUGUGUGUGUGUAUGUGUGUGCGUGUGCGUGUGCGUGUGUGUGUGCAGUUUUGUGGCCGUGAAGAUGAUCUGUGUGAGCGUUUGGUGUGUCAUCUUGGUAACCUGGAGGCAGGAAGAGAAGCGAACAUCCAGCUGGAGAUCAAACUGAACCCUGCUGUACUACUGCAAGCUCCGGUAAACACACACACACACACACACACACAGAUAUGUAACCAUAGCAAUUUCCAUUUUUACUCUGUCUCUUUCCAGUCUUCAAGAUUUAAGAAGAAAAUGUAAGUCUAGAUGCAAUAUUUGAUUCAUGAAAAGGUGAUGAUGUCUUGAUACGUUCUUCCUCUUGCAGCUCCUGGAAUUAAAGAGCAGCCUGCUGAGAAAUUAAGAUUCUAAAAAUCUGCAGCAACAACCAGAUGGUGUUAUUUGUGUGUUUUGGAGACAGUAACUGAUAUCUGUUUGUAUGUUUCAAUCUCAGGGUCGUCAUGGUAUCAUGAAGGUAGAGAGCACUGCAACAAUGUCAAACCCCAGAAAGGGUCCUCAUACGGUCUUCGUCCACGAGCAACCAGCCGCACUGGUGAGACACCUCAAGAGUGACGACCAAAGACAUUGUAGAUUGAGCUAAACAAGAUCCUCCAAUGAGAGUUUAAAGAAGUCACCUGUCAUAUACCGUCAUUGUCCUCUGUGAUUUGUCUCCAGGUGGUGGUGGACGCUCUUUUCAGCCAGAAACCAUCAACAACAGUGAAGAUCUUCAUCAUUGUCGUCAGUUUAGUUUUGGGGCUCAUGAUCCUGGCUGCUCUUAUCUGGUGUCUAUGGAAGGUAAAUGUUGUUUUUUUUAAUAUUAUAGUUGAGUAGCAUUUUAGACAUGGUCACACCUCAUCUGGACACAUGUAGCUGCCUCACUAAGAGAAGUAGCUCGAUCACGUAAUGUCUACUGUUGUUUAUUCUACCGUUACUGGCACGGCUAACAGUGUAGCAAGGCUAAUAGCAGAUGGCUAACUCUAACUUUAGCUUGCAUAUUACAUGGUGCUUCACCAUCACCUAAUUAUAACUGAUCACCAUAUUACAGUGUAGUGUAUCAGCUAAUCUUUUUCUUGUAUGUCUCAGGCUGGUUUCUUCAAGAGGACUUACCCAAAAGAGAAGGAGGAGGAAGAGUUCAAGAGGGACAGCUGGGACUAUGUUCCUAAAAACAACAAAAGGGAGAGCACCUCCUAACCCCGACUGUCACCCACUCUGACCUCCGACCCCAGGAUGGAGUUUGCACUGUGACUGCGCAACAGCCACUCUUAAGACAGGUGCUGAUGGACGGAGUGCUGUCAAUGAAAAACAGGUGAUAAGUUAUUCCAGGACAGUAGAGAGUACUCCUGCCGAUGAACAGACCUGUCCAGACUGUGUGAAGUGGUGAACAGUCACAGUCCCAAAACACCAAACUGUCUGCAGCAUGACAGACGAUAAACGACUCCUGACCACACCUGAAUCACACUGUGCCUUUUGCCUCAAUGUGCCUUUAAAAAAAAAAAACAGACAAGUUACAAGAUUUGAAGGAGGCUGAAGCAGAUAAUGGAUAUAUGAUUACUGAAAAGGGAAAAAAGAACGUCACGGGGCUUCUUGGGACAUCAUUUUGACUCUUUUCAGAGGAAACCAACCAAAGGAAAUGACUUCUCGACGACCUUUGACCUCAGGGGAUGGCUGCCUGACCUCUGAUCAGCUCUUAACUCUCUGAAACCUCAGUUUUUUUCUAAGUGCAUUGGCUUGUAACAUCUUUUUUACCUGCUGACCAACAUUUCAUGCACUGGCUACACACACACACACACACUUUACACAUACAGGGCAGACUGGCUGGCUGUCCUGUAUGACCUUUGUAGCACAGAAGCAGUCAAGCAAUGGCUGCUGUUAUUCGGUGGUGCAAGAUGUAUCAGAAUUACCGUUUCAUUGUGCCUUAAUGUAUUAUUUCACUACUUUUCGCUCUAUCGCCUGAUUUUGCUGAAGGAUUGUUGUUUUUGAGGAAUAUUCGUCUGGAAAGUCGACCUCAGAAAAGCUUUGAAAGCUAAUGGGACCUGAACACCGUUUAGAUUUCCCCAGUCGGCUAGUUUGUUUGUUUGCAGACAGAACAGUGGCUGCAGUAGUUUGCCAAGAUAACUCUGAGAGUUUUUAUAGUGUUUUAAUGCCUGACUCCAUUGAGGAUGGAUUAUAGAGAAAACUGAAUGUUGCCAUCAAGUUUCAACAUUUCAGUGACCUUUCUUGGUAACAUUUAUAUAUUUUUUUUCUCACCUUAAUUUAUAAUGCGCUCUUUCAGACCCUGAAACAUGCUGUACAGAUAAAAUAUGUAAAAUCUUUUCUUAAGCUUCAUGGUGGAAACCUUUGUAUUAAAAAACUGAGGUCCAAAUUUUGUAAUUAUUCGUGUUAAACAGCGAUGAAAUGCAAUCAGGAAAGAAGCAGAAGCAGCAACAUAUCAUGUCACGAGGUUGAAUAAUGUAAGAUUACUUGAAAAUGUAAAAGGGAGGUGUCAGUGAAAUUCAAGUACAGAUAUUUAAAGCAGCUGCUACGCUUCCUUCUGUGUUUAUUGUACAAAUGCACAACACACAAAGAUUUUUUUAAAGUGUUUUAAUAAAUUACGUCGUUGCUCUUUGCUUAUGUGAUGAUGUUCUGCACUGGAGAGUCUCACUGCUUUUAUCCACAUGUUUCUAUUAAAAUGAAGGAUUUUCUAUUUAAAAAAA